AUGAAGUUAGAGGUGUACGAAAGUGUUCAUUCAGGUUGUCAGUCCCGUAUUAUAUUGUUCUGCAUUAUGGGAGAAUGUCCUGGUGUGAGUGCCCGGCCCUCCCGGGGUCGCUGCCGCGCACUCCAGUUUUCCCAUACCCUGUGGGAAGAAGGGGAUCGUCUUCGCUGGAUCCCAUCUCGGAACCGUUACUGUUGGUUCCGGUGCAGUGGUGGGCGGCAGCCCCUCCAGAGGUAAGCCCAGCACUCGCAGCAAGGUGGGUGCUUCUUGGAUGUCCGAAAUGGAGUAGGCCUUGUUGUAUGUGUAGAGUGCACGGCGUGCGCCAGCGGUAGGUGAUCUGUUUGUCUCGGAGCAGUUUGAUGACAGGUAGUAGGGACCUGCGCCAUUGUAGGGUUUCCCCUGACAGGUCUGCAAAGAAGGACAGGGUCAUUGAUUCAAAGCUGUAGGUGGCUGCUCCCUUCAGGGCUGCAAGUAUCGCCAUUUUGUCGGGCGUGCUUCUGUAUUUCACCACCAGGUCUCUGGGGCCGCCUCAGGGGCUCUCCGGGGUCGGAAGGCCGCGUCAAAGCCGAUGUUCCUGGCUUGCUUAGGCGUCAGUAGGGCUCCCGUGAGCCUCCGUAGCAAGUGUGGGAUUUCCUCAUCGGGUAUGUCCUCCGGGAUCCCGCGUAUCUUGAGAUUAGUGCAGCGCCGGUUGUCUUCUAUUGUAGCAAAGCGUUGGUCAGUUUUGGCCUGCUUUUGUUUUAAAGCUUGCAAUUCCUGUCUGAGCUCUGAAAUUUCCUGUGCUUGCCGCUUGGAGGUGACUUCGGCCGCUUGAACACGGCCCACUAGGCCCGUGAGGUCUGCGCGUAGCUGAGCGACAUCUGCGUGGAGGGUUUUCUGUAAGUCUCCCAGGAGAGUCUUCAACAGCGUCGCCAUCACUGGUUCUGCCACCUCUGGACUUGGUGCCUGCUGUUGAGGCCUCCCCAGAGGUAAUGGCUUCCUCAGGGUAGAAAUCCCUCGAGGAGCCAGAGAAUUCCUCGAGUUCGGCGGCCAUCUUGGGGCCGUAUGCACCUUGUGCCUGGUUGAAGAGGUCUCUUAUGUUGGCCCCCUGUUUGGGUCGGUCUGGUUUUUGCCUCUUGGUUUUCCUUCUCAUUGUCGUUUCGGGUUGUUUGGGCAUUGUUAUCAGCAGUUUGGUGGCUGAAAAUUGUUAGUUUGCUCUGGAUAUACACGGAGCCCAUCUACCCUGCGUCCGUUCGGAUCGGCUGCCAAGCUCCGCCCCCCCGUCUAAUUUCUUGUCUGCCACGAACUGCGACUCUUCAAGUGUGCUCAGUAUGCAUAGAUGUUAGCAUGAACACUUCCUUCUUAUCUUUGAAUUUGAGAGCCAGCAGUUCGUCCUGGCAGAGAGCAGCCGUUUCCCCCAUCUUGAGCAUUUGUGCCAGGGCUUUUGGGAAACCGACACGUGUCUUUCAGAGAGUGCCGCAGGCCACAGUUUCAAAGCAAUAAAGCAUCCUAAGAAGAGGGAUGCUAUUAUAGUAAUUGUCUAUAAAUAAAUGAUACCCCUUAUUUAGCAAUGGGCUAAUUAAAUCCCAUACGAUGUUUCCACUCGUCCCAAUGAUAUCUGGGCAACCUGGGAGAUCCAAGUGGCUGUCUUUACCUUCGUAAACACGGAAGGUGUACACAUAACCACUGGCACUUUCACAAAGUUUAUACAACUUUUCCCAUACUGGGAUCUUUUGGCCAGGAUAUAUUGUUUAAACCCCAGUCUGCCCUUGUAUUUCAUUAGAGACUCAUCUACACACAUAUAUUUUUUGUGGGGUGUACAUUGAGCCAAACUGUCUGUUGAAGUGGGAAAUAAGGGGGCGAAUCUUAUAGAGAUUAUCGUAUUGAGGAUUAUCUCUUGGGGGGCACUUCGAAUUGUCGUUGAAGUAUAAAAAGUGAAGCAUUGCUUCAUAUCUGGACCUGUUCAUGGUCUGGGAGUAAAUAGGGGCGCUGCAUACAGGAUUUUUGGACCAGUACAUCUUGAUGCUGGGUUUUUUAAUAAUGCCCAUUAGCAUUGUUAGUGCCCCAAUUUUUUUAAAUUCUGGCACACUGGUGGGGUACCAACUCUCUUGCCUGGCGAUGAGGCUCUGAUCAUUAAUUGUCAGGCACUGCGCAGCAUAAAGGUUGGUCUGGGUGACUAUAUCCCCUAAAAUAUCAUCCCCCCAGAAUAGCUGCAUGAAAUCCAGUGUACUGUAGUUAGUGACGUUCAACGGAAUUCCAGGACUGCCAGUAAACACUGGGAUGUCAGGCAUGAAAUCAUUUAAGGGUUCCCAGCUGGGGCGGGUUGGGCCGGGGGGCAGGGAGGCAAUUGCCCCCCAGUCCGCCCUAAAUAAUUAAAAAAACGGCCGCUGCACCCUCGCGCGCCCUCUCUGGUGAUGCCGGGAGCCGGAAUAUGACGUAAUUCCGGCCCCGCAUCACUAAACUGCGUGAGGGAGCAGAGAGGAGCAUGAAGUCACUGGACCCUGGGGCAAGGACCCAGAGGACUCCUAAAGGUAGGAGCAACAAGGAAUUUGUGUGUGUGUCUGGAAAUGUGAGUGUGUGUGUGUGUCUGGAAGUGUGUGUGUGUGUGUGUGUGUGUCUGGAAGUGAGUGUGUGUGUGUGUCUGGAAGUGAGUGAGUGUGUGUGUGUGUGUGUGUGUGUGUGUCUGGAAGUGAGUGUGUGUCUGUCAGUAAGUGUGUGUAUCUGGAAGUGUGUGUGUCUGGAAGUGAGUGUAUGUGUGUCUGGAAGUGUGUGUGUGUCUGGAAUUGAGUGUGUGUGUGUGUGAGUGUGUGUUGGAAGUGAGUGUGUGUGUGUGUGUGUCUGGAAGUGAGUGUGUGUGUGUGUCUGGAAGUGUGUGUGUGUGUGUGUCUGGAAGUGAGUGUGUGUCUGUCAGUAAGUGUGUGUAUCUGGAAGUGUGUGUGUGUGUGUGUAUAUGUGUCUGUGUCUGCCUGUCAGUGAGUGUUUGUCUGUCAGGGUUUGUGUGUGCGUGUGCUAUUGAGAGUGUGAGUGCGUGUGUCUGUCAGCAAAGCCAGCCUUUGAGGUGUGCAAGCUGUGGGGUCACGUAGAGUGCCAUGACAACAGAGGCGCCCGGUGGCCAACACAGCUCACAAGUUUGGGACACCAGCACAUUAAAGGGACACUCCAGGCACCCAGACCACUUCUGCCCAUUGGAGUGGUCUGGGUGCCAACUCCCACUACCCUCAACCCUUCAACUGUAAAUACUGCAGUUUUCAUAACCUGCAAUAAUUACAUUGCAGGGUUAACUCCUCCUCUAGUGGCUGUCUACUAGACAGCUACUAGAGGGCACUUCCUGGUUUAUAGCACAGGUUUUCUGUGCUAUAGCGUCGCUGGACGUCCUCACGCUAUGUGAGGACCUCUAGUGUCGCUAAAACCCCCACAGGAAAGCAUUUUCAGUGCUUUCCUAUGGAGAGAUCUAAUGCGCGUGCGCAGCAUGCGCAUUAGGUCUCCCCCGCCAGCGGCCGCGCAUGUGCAAUCGGUCUCCCCCGCUGGAUGACGUCAACAGGGGAGGAGCGUGGGCGGAGGUCUCAGGUAUGUCACUGAAGGGGUUCUAACCCCGUCAGCAACAUUGGAUGGGGGUUGGGAGGGAGAGGGGACCUGAUGUGCCAGGAAAAUAAUUUGUUUUCCUGGGACUGGAGUGUCCCUUUAAUUGAAAUGAUUCCCUAGUGGUCUACUGGUGCACACCAACAGUAGGUGCCUUAGAUCAUAUCCUCUCCCUUUUGGUUAGUUAGUGAGUCAGAGCACAGACUCAGAGAUUCUCAGCCUGCUCUCUAACAACAUUGAAAGUCGGAGCCACAAAGGAGUGGGUAUGGCAAAGAGCUACUGAUUAGCAUAACAUCAAUAUCCGUUAUAAAACCAGGAAAAGGUGGGCAUGGAUGGUGAGCUGGUUCGGGGGUGCAAUGGGCCACUUGACUGGAUUUGCCCCCCCUGGUCUGAGGCUGCCAGCCCUCCCCUGGUUCCCAGUCACCAGCGUCAUGAGCCAGGUCAGGGGACUUGGCGCUUACAACAGAGGGCCAUGCAGUAUCUGGCACAGUCUCAUUACCACUCUCAGAGGCAGUGUCUGUGGCGUCAGAGUCGGCUGCUAGUAUAUCAUACGCCUCCUCAGCAGUGUACCUUCUAGACGUUAUGAAGGUGUAACUUUACCAAACUUUUUUUUAAACUUUUUUUUUACUUUAUUCUAUUUUUAUCCUUUUUUCUUUUUUAUAUAGUUUUUUUAACUUUUAAAAACUUUUCAGAAUUUUUUUAAACUUUUCGUCUAUAACUAGCCUAACACUCAAUUUCCCAAAUUUCCACUAAAGUCCACCCACUCCAGCUAACUAAGGAAUUAACGUUAAAUUAAUUAAAUAACAAAUUAAAUUAAAAAAAAUAAUAAUUAACCCUUGAGGGUACAAAAAAAUUAGAUCACAGUUAAAUACUGUGAUCAUUAUACUGAUCACUGCAGGCAGUGAUCAAAAGGUCAAGGAAAGGGUUAACACUGUUUUAAAAGUAUUAAAAUGACUUUUAUAACAGAGAUACACUUUAAGCUAAAAUAGCACACAAUGUUGCAGCACUGAUCAGUCUCUCUCCACUUCUCAAACCACACAGAGGUGGAGGGAGGAGGAUCAGGAAUCCCAGCAGCACUGUGAUCGCUGUGACUGGCUGUCACAGCGAUCACAUGUGCUGGGACAGCUCUAUUGGCGGUUGCUGGUCUGCCUCUGACAUCGAGGUACUCAGCAACAGCAUUAACCCCACGAUUGUAGUGAUAUGGCGUUAACGUUAGUAAAUGACAGAGAUUUUCCAUCAACGGUUCUUAACGCACGGACAAGCUUGACGGAAAAUCUCCGUCUUUGGUCGGUAAGGGGUUAAAGCCCUUGCGGCGGCAUAGAACGACAUAACAGCUUUGAGCCCUGGAACCUCAGAAAUACUUACCUGAGGACUGCCUCAAUUUGAAAAUGGAACGUUCUAUAUUUGACCCUGUAACUUUCCAAAACACCAUAAAACCUGUUAAUGGGGGAGGGGGGACAUCGCUGAUUACAAAUAUGUGCAUUUUUGUGCAGUAAAACCUAACAGUAUUAUGACAUUCACAGCUAAAAUGUCAGAUGGAAAUCCAAAUUUAAAAAAAUAAAAUCUUAUUUUCUCACUUUUUAACAUUUUAUUCAUAAUAAAUUAUGUUCCAUAUAUGAAUAGUUAAUGAUAAAUUAAAGCCCUGUUUCUCCUGAACAAAAUGAUAUAUAAUGUGUGGGUGCAUUUAAUAUGAAAGAGGUGAAUUAGGGUUGAACAGACAUAUUCCAGUUUUUGUUUACGUUUUGUUUUGAUCAGAACGUGCACUAUUGACUCCGUCCUGAAGGGGUUAACAUUUUGGCUAUUUUAGCGUGAAUUGUGCCAGUCAUUUUUUUUUAAAUUUGGAGCAGUUUUGCUGCGUUUAUUCCUUAACAGCAAAUUGAAAUCCGAAUAACAAAUUUAGGUUAAAAUAGCAUGACUCUAUUUCAGCCAUAGAAACAGGGUGGGAAAUGUAUACCGAAUAUUCUAUAAACCCCAGGGUUUCACUAAAUAACCCAGCCCGACCACUUCCGUCCUUUCAAGACACCAAUCUAAUUAGUGAUCUUCCAGUUCCCUUUCAUUGCGCGGAAGUGACGUGUAAAUGUGCCGACGGUGAGCCCGUGCUGAUUGUGUGCUCGGUGCAACACGGGAUAAAUACAGGGAUUGCGGUAAGUGUUUGCAUGUGGAGUGUAUACGGUAUAGCGCGGUACCUGGGGAAUACACAGGAUGCAUUUUUUUUUUAUUAGAGCUUUGAUAAAACGUGAAAUUCGAACAUUCCGUUUAUCUCGGGGUUCUGUAGGAACCAUUUAACCUCCUCCCCUUACACACAUUGCCAUGGCAGUAAUUUGGAAUGCAGUGCAAUUCUGAUUACAUUGCGUCAACUAUCACGUUAUGUGCGCAAAUCAGAUACGUAAAUGGGAGUAGGGUGUAACAUAACAAUUUUAUAUCACAUUGUCUUCAAAUAUGUGGAAUGCGAGUUCAAAACUACUACCAAUGGGUUUAAAACGCACAGAAAUUAAACUAAUCGAAACCUUACAGAGGUUUUCAAACAUAACAUUCCUUGGAACCUGUUUUUUUUGUUUUCGUCUAAAUUUGUUUAUUUUAUUAAAAGAAAUUAUCCUCUAUCCACACUCUACAAUGUGCUUUUGAGAGAUUCCACAUACAAUUUUCCUAUAUCCACUUCUGUCUACAAGUUUAGAAGCAAAGCAUGACCCAGGCCUGAUAAAAUGGCAUGUAUUGUACAUGCAUGAAAUUCUAUAAUUUUAGGAAUAAAAUAUGUGAUGUAUGCUAGACUUGUCGAGUUAUGGGAAUUAAUAACAAAACAAAAAGACUUGGGAAUUUUAUUUUAGAUGUCAUACAUGUAAAGUAUCUCUAUUGGGGCAUUGAUAGAUGAAGUGGAACAUUAAUGUGAGUAAAAUGUAAUACUGCGGCUUUAAAAAAACUAAAACUGCAGUUCCAGGGCCCCAGUCAAGCUAUCAUGCAUGUCUGGACUCAGCCUUGUAUCAACCAAUUUAAUACACUGCCCCACUCCCUCCCCAAAUUAAUACACAAAUAAAUAAUCUUUCCUUCCAAUUUCACACUGCCCCCUCCAUCACUACUCUAAUACACUUGUCGAGUAAAGGGAAUUAAAAACAAAACAAAAAGACUUGGGAAUUUUUUUAUUUUAGAUGUCAUACAUGUAAAGUAUCUCAAUUGGGGCAUUGAUAGAUGAAGUGGAACAUUAAAGGACCACUCUAGGCACCCAGACCACUUCAGCUUUAUGAAGUGGUCUGGGUGCCAGGUACCUCUAGGAUUAACCCUUUUUUUUAUAAACAUAGCAGCUUCAGAGAAACUGCUAUGUUUAUACUGAAGGUUAAUCCUGCCGCUAGAGGCUCUUGCGUGCUUCUCACUGAAAAUCACAGUGAGAGCACGCAAGCGUCCAUAGCGACCGGAUGAAUGCGCGCGCGGCUCCUGCCGCGCAUGCGCAUUCAGCCGAUGACGUCGCGAGCAAGGAGGAGAGAAGUAGUACAGCUCCCCGCCCGGCGCUGGAGAAAGGUAAGUGUUUAACCCCUUCCUCUCUCCAGAGCCCGCGGGAGUGGGACCCUGAGGGUGGGGGCACCCUCAGGGCACUAUAGUGCCAGGAAAACGAGUAUGUUUUCCUGGCACUAUAGUGGUCCUUUAAUGUGAGUAAAAUGUAACACUGCAGCUUUAAAAAAACUCUAAUACACUGCCCCCCGCCCCCCAUCACCACUCUAAUACACUGCCCCCCAUCACCACUCUAAUACACUGCCCCCCCAUCACCACUCUAAUACACUGCCCCCCCAUCACCACUCUAAUACACUGCCCCCAUCCUGCACUCACUGCCCCAUCACCACAUGCACUGCUUCCAUCACCACCCUCUAAUACACUGCCCCCAUCACCACUCUAAUACCCACUUUCCUGCCCCAUCACCACUCUAAUACACCUUUUAAUCACCACUCUAAUACACUGCCCAAUACCACUCUAAUACACUGCCCCAUCACCACUCUCUAAUACACCCUUACCCCAUCACCACUCUAAUACACUCCCAUCACCACUCUAAUACACACUUGCUCCCCCACCACUCUAAUACCUGCCCCAUCACUUUCACUCUAAUACCGCCUUUAAUCACCACUCCUAUCACUGCCCCAUCACCACUCUAAUACGCUGCCCCCAUCACCCUCCUAAUGCCCGCUGCCCCCCAUCACCACUCUAAUACACUGCCCCUAUCCACCACUCCUAAUACCACUGCCCCCAUCACCACUCUAAUACACUGCCCCCAUCACCACUCCAUGCACUGCCCCAUCACCACUCUAAUACCUGCCCCCAUCCACCACUCCUGGCCUGCUGCCCCCCAUCACCACUCUAAUGCCUGCCCCAUCACCACUCCUAUUACACUGCUUGUCACCACUCUAAUGCCUUGGCCCCCAUCAGCACUCCUAAUACACUUCCCAAUCACCACUCUAAUACACUUCCCCCAUCACCACUCUAAUACACUUUCCCCAUCACCACUCUAUUACACUUUUCCCCAUCACCACUCUAAUACACUUUCCCCAUCACCACUCUAAUACCUUCCCCAUCACACCACUCUAAUACACUUCCCCCCAUCUGCCUCCUAAUACACUGCCCCAUCACCACUCCUAAUACCUUUCCCUCCCCCAUCACCACUCUAAUACACUGCCUCCCCCAUCACUUGCACUCCUAAUACACUGCCUCCCCAUCACCACUCUAAUACACUGCCUCCCCAUCCACCACUCUAAUACACUGCUUCCCCUAUCACCACUCUAAUACACUGCCUCCCCCCAUCACCACUCUAAUACACUGCCUCCUCCCCAUCACCACUCUAAUACACUGCCUCCUCCUUCCCCUAAUUUAAUACAUUGCCCUCCCCCAAAUAAUGCACUGCCCCCUGCCUUCUUCAAAUUAAUACGCUGCCACCCCCCCGCUCCGUAAUUUAACACACUACACAAGAAAAUCUCCCAAGCCCAUCUUCCCCUACCUUAAGAUGAGUCGCCCCAUCCUCCAGUUACAGCUCUUCUCUGCUUAAGCAGGCCAGAUGCUCCUCUUAACCCCUUAAGGACUGAGCCAAAUGUACACGUUGUGAACGAAACAAAAUGUAAACAAAACCUGGCAUUUGCGCUACAUGUCUGUCCAACCGUAAUUCACCUCUUUCAUAUUAAAUGCACACACCCUUAUUAUAUAUCAUUUUAUUCAGGGGAAACAGGGCUUUUAUUUAAUAUCAAAUAUUUAGCUGUGAAACGUAAUUUAAUAUGAAAAAAAUGGGAGAAAAUAAGUUGUGUUUUUUAGUUCUACAUGACAUUUUAACUGUCAAUGUCAUACUGUUUGUUUUUUACUGCAAUAAAAUACACAUAUUUGUAUUCAGCAAAGUCUCACGUGUAAAACAGUACCCCCUAUGUACAGGUUUUAUGGUGUUUUUGGGAAGUUACAGGGUCAAAUAUAGCACGUUGCCUUUGGGACUUUAUAGUAGCCCAGGUAUGAAAUUUACACCCAUAAUGGCAUACCAUUUGCAAUAGUAGACAACCCAAGGUAUUGCAAAUGGGGUAUGUCCAGUCUUUUUUAGUAGCCAUUUGGUCACAAACACUGGCCAAAGUUAGCGUUAGUAUUUGUUUGUGUGAAAAAUGCAAAAAACGCCAAUUUUGGCUAGUGUUUGUGACUAAGUGGCUACUAAAAAAGACUGGACAUACCCCGUUUGCAAUACCUUGGGUUGUCUACUAUUGCAAAUGGUAUGCCAUCAUAGGGGUAAUUUUUAUUCUUGGGCUACCAUAGGGUCUCAAAGGCAACGUACCCAAUCUGGAAAUUUUAAUGUGAAAAAAAUGAAACGCAAGCCUUAUAUUUGACACUGUAACUUUUGAAAACACCAUAAAACCUGUACAUGAGGGGUGCUGUUGUACUCGGGAGACUUCGCUGAACACAUACUUUUUGCUGUUUUGAAACACAAAUAUCACAGCAAUAAUAUCGUCCGUGUAAGUGCUGUUUGUGCAUGCAAUAAUAUGCCAUGUAAGUGCUGUUUGUGCGUGAAAAAUGCAAAAAACUUCACUUUUACUGGCGAUAUCAUCAUUGUAAUACAUUUUACUGUUUUGAAACACUAAUAUUUGUGUUCAGCGAAGUCUCCCGAGUAGAACAGUACCCCCAUGUACAGGUUUUAUGGUGUCUUGGAAAGUUAUAGGGUUAAAUAUAGUGCUAGCAAAUUAAAUUCCCUUUACUUUCGGCAUGGGUUGUCAGGCAGGUCCUGCUAAUUGUAAUUAAUUAAGAUACCUAAUUAUGUAAAAAUAUUACAUAUAUAUUUAUGUAGAAUUAGUGUGUGUGUGUGUGUAUAUAUAUAUAUAUAUAUAUAUAUAUAUAUAUAUAUAUAUUCUCUAUCUCCCGGCCAUGUGAUUGUGAGGUCCUCGCUGGGACCGCCGGCGACCGGGUAAGUAAACAAAAACCGGAGGGUGUACAAUUACGCCCGGCGGCGUUUAGAGCCGCCUAAAAUAGGGCGUAAUUGUACGCCCUCCGGUCUUAAGAGGUUAAACUGGGAGCAGAGAGGAAUGGCUGGCCUGCUCGACAGACAGACACUCUGCCUUCUUGUGGUCAUUGGAGGAAAGUGAAGAAUCAGACAGGAUCUUUCCUGUCUUGCGGCUGUCACAACCACAGUAUAAAGCGGCCCCAGGGCAGGUGGGGUGCAAAUAUAUUCACUGUGGGCUGCAUGUAGCCUGGGGGCCGCAAGUUUGACAUGCUUGAUAUACAGUAUGUAUAUACACUUUGUUAUUCAGAUAAAUAAGGAAAAAUAUCUCUGCUUGAGAGUUUUUGAAUUUGUAAUUGAUAAAAUGGCAUAAUUUUCCAGUUUUCUAAGAUAUCUGUAAUAUUUUGGAUAUUCUUUUGUCUUCCAUAGUCAAAUUUAAAUCCACUAUGUCACAUGAAAGUGUCUUAAUGGGUUGCAUAGGAUAUCUUGUUACUUAAAUAGUAUUUAUUUUUUCCUUCAAUAUAGAGGGCUUUGUAUCAUAAAUAAUUGGCUUUGGAGCUGAGAAAUAAAAAAAAAAUUAGACCAAAAAAUAUUGAAAAAACUAAUUUUUCGAAGUAGAUCCAAUCUGAAGUUUGUGUUUUUAAAUCUAAACAAGAUAUAAAAUGGGAUAACAAAGCUGCUUCAUGUAAUUGAUGUAUGUCCGGAUACAAUACGCCUCCAAGUUUUUUUAGGUUUUAUUAAUACAUUAUAUGCUAUCCUAGGCUUCUUACCCUUCCAAAUGAAAUCCUUAAAGAGCCUUUUACAAUUAUGUAAGAUCUUAAGAUUUACUCUAAGUGGAAUGGUCCUGAAUAAAUAUGUAAUUUGUGGAAGUCCAUAUGCAUUAAAUAAAUUAAUUUGGCAUAGCCACAAAAUCUCCAAUACUUUUUAUGAGAAAUAAGAUAGGGUAUUAAACAUUUCCAUAUAAUUAAAUUCAUAUUUAUUUUUAGUUAAAGUAAUAUAAAGAUCUAAUAAGGAGCUCUCUUCUUCCUUUUUUUUUGGGAUCCUAGUUUUUUUUAGCAAUCCUCAGAUAUAACACUUAAGUGUGCACCUUAGAACAGGUAACUCCAUUAUCAUUAAUUUCAAGGAAUUCCUUAAUUUUAGUAUGUAAGUAUGCAAGGUCAUAUUCAGAAUUAAGUAGAGUCUUGUUAAGUCCCCACCUAGCUCUAUACUUAUAAUUUCUAUUAUUGAUUUCAAGAAAAACUGGAGUGUGAUCAGUCCAUGUUAUUGAACCAAUAUCAGUUCUCAAUACAUAUUUUAAACAAUUAGAGGUAGUUAAAUAAAUCUAUACGUGAAUAUGAUUCGUGAAUCGCUUGAAUGCAUCACUCGCCAACAAUCAUAAAGAGAGCUGGUUAUUAAGAAAUGUUGCAUCUCUUUAUCUGAUAAUUUCCCUCUAAUUUUGAGUUAAUUACACAAUUAAAGUCCCCUCCCAUAAAUAAUCUGCCGCUAGAUAUUGUUUCAAUUUUACUGUAUAUUGAGGUUAAAAUUUUUGAUUUGGGGCAUAGAUGUUAACGGAUCUGUUCAUUAUCAUUGAGCUUUAAUUAUUAAAAUUUGGUAUCGUCCAUUGUCAUCUGAAAUAUGAUGAAUCAUUUCUGUUUUAAUUUCAUCUGAUAUAAGUAUUGCUACUCCUCCUUAUUUAUAUAGUGCCAGCAAAUUCUGUAGUGCUGUACAAUGGGUGGACUAAAACACUUAAUUGUAACUGUAAUUGUUAAGAUGUCAGCCUCGAGGGACCAGUAUCCAGGUCAGUCAGGCUAGGGAGCGGCCGUCUCCCCGAUUCUCAAUCUCCGUUACAGGCUUGUUUUUGGUGUUGGGUGAGUCCCCUGGGUGUCCCUGUCAUGAUGGCUUCCUUCCAGUGGGCGAUUGUGCCGUUUUUGUUGGGGGUUUACCCCCAGAAAGUGUAGAUUAGAGCGGGAGCUGAGGUUCAGCACAACCGCUCAGUCUGGAUGCCAGGCUCCUCCCCUUCUUAUAUUCUUAAGUUUAAAAAGUUAGUUAUGUAGAAAAAAAAAAGUUCUCUAUCUUUUUAUUUUCAUUUUGUUAUAUACUUCUCUUGGGUAUUCUUUCUUGCUAUCUUUUCUCUUCUAUUUUCAUAACUAUGUUCCAUAGGGCCAGUUUCUAUUGUAGUUCCUUUGGAUCAGAGAAGGAAUAUGUCCCUUCAUUAUGGGAAAGUUGCAACACUGUAGGGAACAGCUAUUUGUAUCUCAGACCAUAAGACCUCAAAAUUCAAGUUUGAUAGAUGAAUUUAAUUCUUGUAGAUCUUGUUGCAUAGGAGAUGUUAUGAAAGAUUUUUAUUUCUUUAUAAUUAUAACCAAAUGUUUUCUUCUGUUUUGUUGCUUGAGAAAUCUUUUCUUUAGUGUAAUAGUGUGAGAAAUGUAAUAGAAUAUCUGUUGUGUUUUUUUUUUUAUUUUAUUUUUUUUUAUCUGUAGCUUUAUAAUGUGUAAGCCAAUGUAAUCUCUCGAAUGGAUGUGUUUCCAAUUUUUCUGGAGCUAUUUCACAUAAAUAUUGUUCAAGUUGAUUAUGGGCGACUGAUUCACUAACUCUUUGAAUUCUUAAGUUGUUUCUUCUCCCUCUGUCUUCUAAGUCUGUAACUUUAUUUUAUAGGUAUUUUAUUAUUUUGUCCAUCUGUAAGUUUUCUGUUUGAAGUACUUUGUAGUCGGAUUAGAUCUUGUCAAGAGUAUCUGCUGGUGAAGACAGUGUAGUAGUGAGAUGUAUAAUUUAUUUUUUUCACAUCUUGAAUAUUAUGUUUAAAAUCUUGCUUGAUUUUUUUUUUAUAAAUUAUCCAACAUUUCUAAGAUACUUUGAUGGGCAAUAGCAGUGUCACAUAAUAUUGAAUCCUCUACUACUGAAUGAAAAGCAUGUUGAUCACCUAUUACUGGGAGUGCGCUUUGUUCAGCAGUUAGAGAUCACCUUUUAAUUUCUGGAUUAGAUUUAGGUGAAUAGUAAAUGCUGAUUUGUUUGGUAGGAUUGGAGGAUUUUUUUUUUCUUUUUCCUUCUCGUUUGUAAGAGCCUUAAUAAUUUAAGAAAAAAACCCAGUGAUUUUACGUUAAUAAAGGGUCUGUUUAAAAUUGAGAAUACAGCUUUAAUUAUUUAACAGUAAGGUUUGCAGUUGAACUUACCCUCUUUUUCCUUAUUUGUUCCCGUUUAUUACGGUUGUCGAUAUUUAAUCUUAUAUACAGAUAGAUUCUACGAAAUACACGUAGCUUGUUGUUCACCUUUUAAUAAAGGACCACAAGAGUCACUUAGAAAUUCAGUUAGUCUUAAAGGAGCACUAUAGGAUCAGAAACACAAACAUAUAUUCCUGACCUUAUAGUGUUAAAACCACUAUCUACCAACCCCUCCCCCCAUUUGGCCCCCUUUGACUCCCUAAAGACAGUAAAAUCUUGCUUGCAUUCUCUGACAUCAUCAACAGUGGUGGCCUGAUCCAAUCACAGUGCUUCCCCAUAGGAUUGGCUGAUCAGGGCAGAGCCAGCACAAUUCAAACAUAGCCCUGGCCAAUCAGCAUCUCCUCAUAGAGAUUCAUUGAAUCAAUGAAUCUCUAUGAGGAAAGUUCAGUGUUUGCACGCAGAGGGAAGAGAUACUGAAUGUUUGGAUGCAUUUUAGGCAGCCAUGACCCAGGAAGGAAUUCUCAAACAGCCAUCUGAGGAGUGGCCAGUGAAGUUAUCACUAGGCUGUAAUGUAAACACUGCUUUUUCUCUGAAUACACUGUGUUUACAGCAGAAAGCCUGAAGGUAAGGAUUCUACUCACCAGAACAAAUUCAAUAAGCUGUAGUUCUGGUGACUAUAGUGUCCCUUUAAUUCCUGAAAAAUGAAUCGAUAUAAAUUUAUAUGCUAAAACAUAGCAUUCAUCUCACUAUAUUAAUUUGUCAUGCAGGUUAAAAAUGUUGUAAAUUUUUUUUUUCCAAGCUGUGAAGGACUAAGGCUCCAUUGGUAUAAGCUGGAAGUCUUUUGAACGAGAUUUGUGCAGGUAUUUUAUGCUGGUGUUCCUUUUACGGGGGGUGUCCUGGUAUUAAAAUCACGUGGAGUGCCGCGUUUCUGAGGUCGAUUCUACUCCUUAAACGGAGCGUCUAGUAUUGCCAGCUCAAUAAUGUUUGCAGCUUCAAUCCCCCUCGCACUUUGUACCUCUCUUAUAGUUUUCCUGGUGCCAACUUCUGGAUCUGGUUGUGGCAUUCGCUGUUCCUUCCCUCUAGCUCUUACCUCCACUCUACCUCUUGGCGCACAAUCUCCGAGCGGUUCGUCCGUCCGUUACACUCCCUCUUCAAAAAAGAUCUUCAUUUAAUAGUUCGGAUUGUAUUCAGCAGGUUUCAUUCAUGAAACAAUAUUAGAGUAAGUCUAUAGUAGUAAUUAUAAAUGUAUACUACAGUGUUUACGACUAAAAAAAAAACCCCAAAAACACCCCACUAAAGGCACCCAGCCCAUUUCAUCGCAAUGGAGUGAUCUGGGUGCAGUUCCCCUUUAAUUUUAACCCUGCAAUGUUUCCAUUGCAGGGUUAAACACACCUCUAGUGGCAGUCUUCCUGACAGCGGUUCCCCUGUUAGAACCUAGUCAGAUUGACAGAUGUUCUCUGACAAAUGCUGCUCUUAGAGAGCAUGUGAUUGACGCAGCAUGGAGAAUUGCCGUGCUUUUGCACUAUCCUGCCAAUGCUUCCCUAUGGGUAGACAUUGCAUUGAGUGAGAUUAUCAAUCUUGAUGAUCUCACCAAGGGAGGCCGAACUGAAUGUAAAAACCCUGACAAAAAGGCGGGCGGUGGACACCCAAAUAGAGAGAUUAAAACUUUACUGUUAAGAAUGCAUGUUUGUAUUCCUAACACUAUAGUGUUCCUUUAAAUGGGACUCUGCAACCACCAUAACAGCUUCCACUGUCUGUAAGUCUGUAUUCUGAUUUCUAUAAGAUGAUACACCGUUAAUAACAUAUUUUUGCACCUCAACAAAUCAGAUUUUUUUUUUUUUUUUUCAUCCAGAAUAAUUUAUUCAAGAUGAGUGUGGAAAAUGAAGAAAAACUUUCCAUGAAUGUGGAAAAUGAAGAAAAACCUUCCACGAGUGUGGAAAAUGAAGAAAAUUCUUCCACACCUAAAAAGAAAUCUCUCUAUUGUGAGGUAACUGUUUAGUAAGGGGGAGUUUUUGUUGGCAUAUCUUUCAUUUGAUUCAUACCAAGUGCACAUAUGUAUAUGUUGUUUGCAGGAUGACUGAACACCAUUGUAAGAUGCUCAUAAAAAUUUAUUUUAAUCCGUCAAAUAUGUAUUCCUAACACUAUAGAGCCCUAGUCACCUAAACAGUGACUAUGGCUCCAUUCUGCUUUGAAUAAAUGGUUAAUUAACGAUUUAUUUGCUUACCUUAAUCCAACGCUGGGCUCCCUCGGCACUGGUGACAAGAGAUCAAACGAUUGUCGGUCUGGCCGAUAUUAUCGACCGAUAUUCCGUAUUUUCAGCAAUAUUGGUAUCGGCCGAUAAAGAUAAUGCAGACCAGGGCCGUCAUCAGUGUCCUGGGGGGCACAGCACACUCUUACUUACCUUCCCAGCAGCUCCCCUGUCUAACUCUUGCGAGUCCUGUGGUCGUCAGAGCAUUGCCACUGGUUACCAGAGCAAUGCUCCGCACGGCACACAGGCCACGAGAGUUAGACACGGGAGCUGUUGGGAAGGUAAGUAAGAGUAUGCUGGGCCCCACAGGGAAUGCCAUAUCUCCCCUCCCUGGCUAGGUAAGGGGGGGUCUAAAACAAGAUUGAUUUUAAAAAAAAUUUUUUUUUUUAAAAGGUUAUGAAAAAUGCAUGCCACCCUCCUCCCCAAUUUUAUACAAAUUACAUACCUACACAAACACACACUCUGCAUUCAUUAUAUACAUACACUACACACUGCAUUCAUUAUAUACACACUACACAAACAAACACUGCCUUCACUAUAUACACACUGCACAAACACACACAGUCUACAAACACACACUGCAUUCAUUAUAUACAGACACUACACAAACACACACUGCAUUCACUAAUCAAAUACUCUCACUGCAUCCACUACACACACAUAUAUAUUCUUGAAAACAAAAAUUCUGACUGGCAUGUAUAUUUUGUGCAUUUACCUUAAUAAAAAAAAAAAAAAAAGAUUUGCAAAAAAAUAAGCAAACAUGUUCAGUUAACAAUAGAUUUGUGUAGAAAUAGGUUAUUUAAAAAAAAAAAAAAAAAGGUAAAUGUACAGAAUAUUGGUAUCUGUAAGUUAUCUGCUAUCGGCCUGAAGGUUCACAGAUUAUUUGUAUCGUAAUUGGCUCUAAAAAAUAAAUAUUGGUCGAUCCCUACUGGUGACCUCUCCUCUUCCAUCAACGUCUGUUCUCCAGAGUCGAGCCGAAUGCGAAGUAAAGAGAUGCACGUCAGCCUUUGUGUAGUAUAAUACAAUCUGUAUCACUCUAUUGGUACUACUACCCAAAACCAUGUAAGUAUGCCUAAUACUGGGCAGAGGAAUAUUUACCUGCCUCUAAUUAAUGGAAAACUCUAAUCCACUUUCAAUUUGAGUGUAGCAUGCAAGAUAACCUAAGUUGUGAGUAACAGAGUCAUUCUGCUUUGCCUGGUAGCAUGUUCUGAGGAUGUACUGCAGUGUGUACAUGUUGCUGGGCAAAGCAGAAUGGUCUUUAAUCCAGUAAGUGCAGCUCCUAACCAACUAUCAUUUAAAUGCUAUAACUCAGGGAGGGAACAAGAGUUGAUCAUUUCCCUGAUGUUGUUUACUUAAAAUGUUUAUGUACAAAUGUACUCACAUAAAACCUAAUAAAGAUUGUCAAAAAAAGAGGUGAUCAUUUUCGUUUAAACUGGUUAUCUUUUAAUAUAAUACAGAUGACUAGGUCUUGACAAGGCUUGGAAGCCAAUAAGCUAUUUGUUUUAGCUUCUGGUACUUACCCCCCUCUGCCCCCCAUUGAUAUUUUGCAACAACUGACGACAUGAUACUUUAUCAGCAAAGAGAACAAUUAUACCAACAAAAACAAUUACUCCUACCUAUCUGAAUCUUUUACAUUGUCUUCUAAACAGCUAGAUAUAUGUGGCUUCUUACUUGUACAAAUGUUAAUAAAACGUCAUGUUUUAGAAUAUAAUUUGGGAACAUGAAUCUAGUACAUACACAGAUACUUUCCUGUAUGUAACAAUUAAGUGAAUAGGGAGUGAAUUGUAUUAAGUUGUUACUUCUGUGUCUGCAGAUCUGUCAAGUUGCAUGUGUGACUGAAGAAACCCUCAAGUUACAUGUUGAAGACGAACAUCAUAAAUGGGUAAAUUUAUUAUGUUUAAAGACAACUUUAUUUAAAAAACUAAAUUUGCCUUUCAAACCUCUGUCAGCAUGUAAUUAUUGUACAGUACACAAAAAUAAUGAAAAAUAUAUAUCUAUGAGCUGUAGUGACAAUUAUGCCAGAUCCAUAUUUAAGUGUUUAAUUUUCUCUACAAGAUCUGUAGUGGUUGUGUAACUGCAAUUAUAUGAUUUAUUUUUAUAUUGUUAAAAAUGACCAGAUUUAGAUUUUUUAGCACCGGUAUUUACAAAUGUCAAUUGUAUACACCUAUAUGCCAGGAACAUUUGUGAUCAGAAGAGCAUUAGUUGUGUGGACAUGUGCCUAGAUUUGGCUUCACUCAACUGACUGAUCCAUUUGCUGUCUUUACUAAAAGUGUGCAGUAAGUUUCAGAAAAACACUGCAUAUAACUUUAAAUGAAUGUGUAUGUCAAUAUAUCACACUCUACGUACCCGUCAAACUUUAAGGGAGUUUUAAUACUAAAUAAAAUAUUGUACCUGGCUGUAACACACUUUCUUCUUCUUGUGUGAAAAAGAUCUGAUGAGAUUGAAUGGGUAGUAGUUACCAGGUAUAGCCUUUCUGUAGAAAUAGCACUGGCUAAUACUGGAAAGUAAUUUAGAAUGCUUGGGAAAAUGCAUAAGGAUAUUCUGAAGACAAAAGGCCAUACAAAAGUAUCCUAAGAUUUAAAUCUGAUUAGAUGAGCCCUAUAGGAGAAAAAGUGAGAUGUCAAUAAAUGGCAUCUUUGAAAACAUUGGGCCAUUCCCUUCCAGGAUUAUAAAGACUGUGUUUACAUAGGUAUCCUUUAAAUACAUCUUAUGUUUAUUUUUCCUCCAAGAAAUUAUUUUAUUUUGUAUAUUGGAGUGUUUUUCUUUUAAAUAUACUCUGCUAGCUUCCUAAAUACUGGCAUUUGUUGUGGUUCAAGGAGUUCCCAUUCAUACUGUUAGUUAUAACUAUGGAUCUCCCAUGAUUGAACAUGGUCUUGUCCAUGCAAAAUUGUUGGCAUGCUGUAUAGUGUCUAUAACUCACCAAGAAAGACCUUUUUACAGCAGCUACAUGCAUACACAGCCCUGAGCAUCUUUAUUCCUGAAAAGCAAACACACGAAUAAAGUUAAAAGCUGUGCAUCAUGAAUAAAAGCGCUGGUGGCUGCCGAGAAGGGAUUUAAGGGUUAUCUACAGCAUCACCGAUGAAAAUAUUGGGAUUACAAGCUGUACCAUUCCUGCUAUAUCAUCCACAUUUCACAACCACGGAUAAAUAAAUGGUCAUUUAUAAUGAUGAAGCAUGGAAUUAUCGCCUGGAUUUCUGUAACCGCUUUGGUUUAUGGUUUAUGCAAGUGUACCAGUUUACUUAGGAACUACCAUGCUCUUGUGGCUUUGUAUGAGGGAAAAAAAAGGGUUGUCUUCAACCAUAACACAUGUUUUACUAUUUGUGGUCUGUGCAUAUGACAAUAGCCAGUAUACCCCUGUAUUUUACCAGUGGACAAACACAUUCUGUGCUGCCAAAAUGUAUCUCUGUACAAAACUGCCAUUGAGCCACAUGUCCCACGAUAAAGUGGUUUUGCCGCUCAAUAACUUGAAGUACUGCUGGAGCAUGUGCCACAAAGCCAAAUGCCUCUGAAUGAAAAUGCUGGCAUAUUCCAUACCUUUGUUUACAGCGCUCUAGUGAGUGCAUACUAGGUAAACAAAGCCAGGAAAUGUAUGACGAACCAAUGUAAUAAAUCCAGAGGGUUCAUUAAUCAUUUUGCAAUACUCCUGACAUCAUGUCAGGCAUUGGUGUAUAUUGGCAAUGAUGAGGAAAAAUUUACCUCAAAUUAGUUAAUUUUUUUUUCUUCAUUUGGUUCACUGAAUGUACAGUAGAUAGUCAAAAGUUAAAUUACCUGGGAAUCAUGCAACACAUUUAGCCUUUUACCAUCAGAUCUUUUAAUGGAAAAUCUAUGCAAAUGGUUGUAAGCAUAAACUGUAGAAGUUAAUUCAAAUUGUCUAUGAAACAUGUUAUUGGAAAUGUUAUAUGGUGAUAGUAAUAUUAAUGUAAUUUAUUAUUUUGUCAAGCUUUCUUAACUUGUGUGUGUGUUUUAUUUUCGGUAUAACUUGGAUCAUUAAGAUGGAAGAAUAUGCUGAUGGUAAGCUUUGUUGUAGUGUGUUCUAGUUUGUAUAUGUUUAUAGUUUGCUAUAUGAAAACAAAUAAAUUGUAUGUGAUAUGCUCACGUUUCCUGCUACAAUUUCGCUUGAACUUCUUAUUUUCAUAUAGGUAUAUCUAAAAGAAUCUUGUUACUGAAUUAUCACAUCUGCGUCUGUUGUCACAGGCUGUAGAGGCAGCAGUCCACUAUUACUUUCCAGGCUGCAGAAGGCUUGAUCAGAUAUGAUCACAAAGUUUGAUUAUACAAUUUAUAAAAUAGAGAUCCUUAAGGGGAUCAGUGUGGACCGUAGGAUGCCAUUUCAGGCAUCAUUGGAAAGGCAUUGGGGACGUCAGAAGAAUUGAUGUACAUUUUGUCAAGCUGCUACUUGGAUCGUAAGACUUCCUUCAUGAUCUCCCCUCUCAUAAAAAUGGCAUGUGGGAACUUGUGAUAUCUGCUUCUGAUCACAACACUGUCAUUGCGUAUACCAGUGAGAGAGAGAAGGGAAUAAACAGGAGAAUAUUAUACCUACUCCCCAAGGAUCCCGUGUUGACUUUCUUAAUAUAGGCAUUGUACAGCAAACCUAAGUUUUCCAGUGGUAAUACCAUAAAAGCAACAUUGAACACGUAAACUGUGUUACCACAUAACUGUUUAUCUUUGAAAGGUAACAGAUUGAUUAUAUUUUGUCAUUAGGAUCAUUGAUCAGAAAACUUGUUGGGUGACCCUCCAUAUGAUCCUGCAUAUUGAUGUUUAUGUAUAAAACUGUCUGAAUCGCUUUUAGGAAAUUGGUGUGCCAAUUUGUAAUGUAUAAAUGAAAUCGUUACAUUUUAUACAUUUGCGCCUGCCACAAUAAUCCCACCGAUAUGAAUGCGACUGAAAAUGUGGUCAGAAGUAAACAGGGAUGUUUUUUGCAUCUCUUUUUCUUCAUAUACCGAGUGCCAAACGUCUGAACCAAAAAGCCAAAAGUGCAAUGAAACGGAGAAAUAAAUGGCCGUACAGGCACGGAGGGGAAUUAGGUGCAUAGACCUUCUUACAUAGGCACAAACAACCGAUGUGCAACAAUAGAUGCAUUAAAAGCAUGUUGACAGUUUUAUACAUAAUUCCCAAUGUUCAAUCUGAUAUAUUUUUCCUGAUAUCCUUUUUUAGUCACAUAUAUAGCACUAUAAGCAAGAUUCAAACCUGAUCUCCUAUUUCAGUUAUUCAUAGUAAUGUAUACAUGAUUUUCAUUCUACAUAUAUGUUUCACCUAAAAUGCAAACAGAACAAGGAUUUUGAGAUAUGAAUAAUAUUGAGCAUUGUUUACUGUUCUAUAUGUAGAGAUGGCUUACAAGAAACUUUUUAAUGUUUAAAUGGCAUAGGUAAAUAAAAAAGGAUCAAGUGCACAAGUAAUUUCCAUUUCACUUGCAAAUGUGCCUGUGCGUGAUUUCUAUAAUAUUUUUGGAUAAUCUUGUCAAAUAAUAUACAGGCUAGUUUGACAAACUGAGAUUUAAAAGUGAAUUUCACAUUUUAGUCCAGUGAUAGUUGAACUGAAAGCAUAGCAAUUUUGACCUUAAAUUUGAAAUGCACUUUAAACUCUCACUUUGCUGAAUAACCCUGUAAAUAUUUUCGGCUAAACUUUAAAAUGAGUGAGAUUUUGUUAUCCAAAAAUAUUAAAUUGACCAGUGUUGGUGUGUGCUUUAUGACUUGAUUUAAGUUGCCAGAUUUAGUUUCGCUAUUUUGAUAAAUUUGUCAAUAAUUAUGUUUCAGGUGAAAAAAUGUAUGAAAGCCUGGAAGCGUUUAUUGCAAGUCCUAAUAGAUCAGAACCAGUUAUUGGUAAGUAGAUGGAAAAAGAAUGCUAAAUGGGUUGAAAACAAGUUAUAUAAGAGCUGUUUUCGGGCAACAUUCUAGAAAUAUAGCAUCUGUAACAUUCUGUUGAUUUCUAUUGUCACUGCACAGUUUUCAGGUUGGCGCUCCUACAAUUGUUCUUUAUAUAGAGGAGCUCUUAAUUAUAUCUUGUCUUUUGUUCACUACUGACUUUUUAUUUUUCUUAAAAUCGAUUUGUGUAGUUAUACAUUCAUGCUCUAGAACACCAUUUCAUUUUUUGUUUAUGUAAUUCACAUUGAAUCAUGUACCCAUGUAGCAGAACAUUUUUGUCACAUUCAGAGUCCUCAAAGGAACACUUCAAGCACUUUAGCUACUACAGUCCCCUGUAGUGGUUGUGGUGCCAGGAGAGCUGUCCUAGAGUAAUCUGUCAGACCAUUUUAAGAAAUCUCUGACUUACUUUGGUUCCCCAGGAUGCUAAUGGCCGCAUUGCGUGUUUCUGGAUUCUCCUGCAACUAGAACCUGGUUAGCUUGGUUAAUCUAAGGAGGGCUUUGUAGGCCAUUCUCAAUGGCUGAGAGCAUCUACUAAGCACGGCAAUGUAUCAGAACUGCUUAGCUCAGGAGAGACAUCCAACUUCUCCUGCAGAGUGACCCAGGCAAAUUGUCAAACUGCUUCUCAUCGGUGGGAUAAUUUACUCUGAGAGGACACAAAGGCUCUCCUGACAACAUAACCGGCAACAUCAAUAACAAGGAAAGAUAAAAGAAUUUGUAAAAUAUAUAAAUUGGUGCUACAAUCACCUAUGUGAGCAACUCCAACACACAUACAAUGUGAAAAACAAUAAAUAAAUAGUAGUGAGAGCACACAAACAGAAUGGUUACCACAGUCUGUAAAUAAAUAGAUUUUCCAAAUAGAGAUUGAUAGCUGCUUCUCAGUCUGCUUUAGGGAAAAGAUUGUCUAAUAAACACAAUUAAUAACAUUCAGUCUAUUAAGCAUCCAGGAGUUAUUGAUCACAAGUCACAUAUUACACAUGUUCAAUCUUUGCUGAUACACACAUCCACCUUACAUGGCUGAACUCCAACAUACAGAGGGCUGUAGGGGUUAUGGUGCUUGGAGUGUUACUUUAGAUCAAGGGUAUGUAACCUUUGGCACUCCAGAUGUUGUGGACUACAUCCCCAAUACUGCUUUUACGGUCAUAAUGCUGGCAAAGCAUCAUGGGUAAUGUAGUCCACAGCAUUUGGAGUGCUAAAGGUUGCCUAACACUGCUUUUAAUAAUUGAGGCUCCUUCGUGUUUUACUUCAUGGCUAAGAGUAGUACAGUUUGGCCAAGUCAGAAAUAGUUUUUAAAUGAAUAGAUUUAUGAGAAAUAAACAUGGCAUUUUUCACAACCAUUGUUUUUUAUAACCAGGUUUAAGAAAUCUGACACAACUGCAUAUUAAAGAAAAUGUUUCUAUGAGUUUAUAUUGCUUUCUUAUAUAGUGCAAUUAUCCAGGAUAAUACAUGGAUUAGGUUGCAAACAGUACUGGAAGCUACAUCUUGAUAUUUUAAUCUAACAUGUUGUAGUACUUUUAUAUGAAACGCCUAGAAAGGUGACUUAGACACUUUUUUAUUUUGAAGAUGAUCUUGGAAGCUAAGAAUAAGUGAAAAGUUAUGCUAAGUAAAAUGGACAAGUGGUUACAGAGUGGGGAUCAAUUGCAGAAGGCAUAUGGUUUUGACAAUAGAGGUUGGAUGAGAAUGUCUUAAUGUUAAGUUAAAUGUAUUACAAAGGAGAUCACUUGUAUAUGUUCCUCCUAGUUCUAUAGUGUUUUAUAUAUAGGUUUGUUUUCUGAUUAACUGUAAGAAACAAUACUUCUACUGUUAGUGCUAUGAAUAAAGGUGUUUGGUUUUUAAUUUUUAAAAAACAUUUGUAUUCUUUUUUUUAGAAUACAUAUAACAAAGAAACUCACCACACCACCACUAGUGAGCAUAUUUAAAGGGACACUAUAGUCACCAAAACAACUUAAGCUUAAUGAAGCAAUUUUUGUGUAUAGAUCAUGCCUCUGAAGUUUCAGUGCUCAAUUCACUGACCGUGACUGACACAGUCUGCAUGAAACCAAAAUGGUUUAAUUUUUAAUCAGAUGUUAACAAAACUUUGUAUCGCCUGAUCUGUAAAUUGAACUUUACUUACACACAGGAGUCACCUGCAGGUUCUAGCAAGCUAUUAACAGAGCAGGAGAUAAGAAAUUCUAAAUUAAACAGAAUUUACAAUAAAGGAAGUGUAAGCAUUAGAUGGCUCUUUACAGGAAGUGUUUAGGAAGGCUGUUUAAGUCACAUGUAGGGAGGUGUGAUUAGGACUGCAUAAACAAAAUUAUUUAACUCCUAAAUGGCAGAGAAUUGAGCAGUGAGACUGCAGGGACAUGAUGUAUACACCAAAACUGCUUCAUUGAACUAAAGUUGCUUGGUGACUAUAGUGUCCCUUUAAAACAAUGAAUGACAAAGCAGUUGUAAAAAUCAUCACAUUUUCCUUUUAAACUCAGCAGUUUGUUUUAUUUUGAAUUGUUUAUUUUUUUUCCUUCUUUGUCUAGGUUUACAAUACAUAGCACAGAGGAACAUGGAUAUUUCGCAUCCAAGAGCUUAUAAGUGCUGCAUUUGUGAGCAUAAUGGAAGCCUACCUUCUAUGAUAAAGCACAUAACUGGAUAUAAGCACAGAGUUUCUUAUUUGGUAGGUUCAGUUUUUCUUUGUUUUCAUAAGCACCUUUUCUUUUGAAGAAAACUGACACUUUCCUAAUUUGUACAUAGUGGAGUUCAAUGUAUUUAACCUAUGUAGUGGUAUGCAAAUAUUAGGGAUCAACCAAUAUUGAAUUUUUAGAGCGGAUACCGAUAAUCUGUGAACUUUCAGGCAGAUAAUAUACAGAUUUUUCUGUACAUUGACCAUUUUGAAAAAAUAAACUAUUUCUAAAGGUAAAUGCACAAAAUAUACAUACCACGUGUAGUGGAUACAGUGUGUUUAGACAGGGGAGAUGUGUGUGUUUGUGUAAUGGAUGCAGUGUGUAGUGUAUAUAUAAUGAAUGCAGAGUGUGUUUGUGUAGUGUGUAUAGUGAACACAGUGAGUGUUUGUGUAGGGUGUAUAGUGAACGCAGUGAGUGUUUGUGUAGGGUGUAUAGUGAACGCAGUGAGUGUUUGUGUAGGGUGUAUAGUGAACGCAGUGAGUGUUGGUGUAGGGUGUAUAGUGAAUGCAGUGAGUGUUUUUGUAGUGUGUGUGUGUGUGUGUGUGUGUGUGUAUAUAUAGUGAAUGCAGAAUGUGUGUGUAAAGUAAAUGUAGUGUGUGUUUCUGUAGGUAUGUAAUUUGUGUAAAAUUUUAUUUUAUUUUUUUUAAAUGUUUUUUUUUUUUUGGUCCCCCACUCCCUGCUUCUUACUUGGCUAGGGACAGGGGAUAAAAUAUUCCUUGGUGGUACCUUCCCAACAGCUCCCUUCAGCUCCCCUGUCUAAAUCUUGCGUCCGGUGUGCCACGGUAAUCCAUGGCAACACUCUGACAGUUGCGAGAUUUACACAGGAAGCUGAACGGAGCUGCUGGGAAGGUAAGUAAGAGCUUGCUGCGGGCCCCCCAUGACCGCCGGGGUUGUAUUGGGCCCCGGCGGUCCUGGUAUGUAUUAUCGGCAAUAUUGGUAUCUUUAUUGGCCAAUACCGAUAUUCCUGAAAAUACCAAAUAUCGGCCAGACUGAUAAUCAGUCGAUCCCUAGCAAAUAUGUAAUUUUAUCUGUAUCCCAGUGAGAGACAUCAUACCUAUUGCAGAAUUCCUUUGACACUGUAUCAUAGUAGUCAUCGGAUUUCCCAAUUAACAUGAUCCUCUUCAUUAACAUUCUCCACUCCUUUCGACAUGAUGGGGGAAGGAGUUUGAUUAUUUAGAUUUUUGCUCCACUUCUCUACAUUCUGAUUCUCACAGCCAUUGAGCCAAUGAAUGCUUUAAUUCGGUGCUUGAUGCAAGUUUAAGGUUCUACAUGAUUUUGGCAGUUGCCAUUUUCUUUUCUUUUUUUUUAUUUCUUUUUUUAUGCCAUGCAACUUGAUGAUAUUGCUAUUGUUUUUAUCAUCUUGAGUUUUAUUUUUUAUUCUUCUAGCGUGGUAUAGUGACAAAGCGAUGACACUAGCUCCAGUUAUCUUCACGAGUUAACCUGUUACUUGGCACCUCUUAUUAUAUCGCACUCACCAUGUCUUACCUUACUGUUCAGACUGAAUGUUUUAACUAUGUUCUACAUGUAGACCUGCUUGCCUAGCCUAACUUUCAUCUUAUUCUAUAAAAUUGUGCUGAACCUCUGUGUGGCCAACCAAUGAUAUGUUGAGUAUAUGAAGCAUCUCUGUAUGGCCAGCCAUUCGUUUUUUCAGUGUAUUCUGGCGCACGUGUAAUCGCUGUUGUGGUAUUGCAAGACUCUUUGUAUUUCUUUGAUCAAAAAAACAAUUUGCACUUUUUUCUAGUUUAAUACUUCGUUAAUAUAUUGAAAUUCAUUUUAUUUUGCAGGCUAAAUGUUACAGUUACAUGUUUCCCUUAUUUAAAAGCUACCAGCCUUUUCGUGUUCGGAAUUUCCGUGUCUGUAAACAUGCCAAGAUUAUUGAGCGCAAAGAAGCAUUCUCUAAGAAGCGAGUAAGUGCUCUUUUAUUGCUGCAUGGCCUGCUAUGUGUUUGUGAAGGAACUCAUUAGAUGUAUUCUUAUUAAAAUAUUCAUAUACUUUAUAGUGUUUAUAAAUAGUGCAUUUCUGGCCUGAACUACUUUACCAUUCAAACCUUUUUUUGGAGUGUUGUUAUAAUACUGCGCACCUGUAUCGUUUUUUUUUUUUUUUUCUUUAGGUUCCAGAAAAAGAUCCAGAGAAAGGAGUUUUAAAAAAUGGUAUGUUGUGAUGUGGUGGUCUAUAUAUUGUAUGUAUGUAACUAAUUGUGCAGUUGGAUUAUUUUGUGAUCAGCUGGUUUAUCCAACCUUUUCAUGAAGCUGCUUAUUUGAUAUCUGUGACGGACCGCCUGGCACCCCUGUCCGGGUACCUGCGUCAAUCACUGCUCCCUAGUAAUCCUUGAGUACCAUAAGCACCGCACUGGAACACCAUAACCACCGUAAACCCCACAAGCCGCCAUAGCUUGGUUGGGUUCUCUCUGUCCUCCACCCACCCAGGACCCUAGACUAGGAUCCAGCUUCAAGUGGGUAGACUUCUCCUAGUCCAGAGAGCGAAGCAGGCUGCUCUUACAAGAGCAAUAGUUGUGAUCCAAUGGAGUAUAGUGAUUAUCGCAAUCCCCAGAGUGAAUAUAGCUCUCCAAUCCCCCAAACAUGAGCCUAGACUUCAUGAAGGGUAAAACGAAUGGCAGCCACAACUGGCCUUAUAUGCAGGUCCCCAUGCAAGAGGCACUCCCCCCUGGACCAGAGAGUAGACUACAGUAAAAACAUAUCCACAAUUACAUUGGCUCUCAGGUUCAGGACACUCCCAUACAAAAUAGGUCAAUCCCUCCCAUAUGCCUGGGAGAUAAUUGAGUCAAGCACUGUAUUAAACUCAAUUAUCUCCAGGCACAAAAAGCACAUUUUUACAACACCCCAAAAAUACCAUAAAACACAGAACAUCCCCACAAAAGUUACAUCUCCCGAUAUCCCAGAUCUGGGUGACCAACAUAUCCAAAAAUCACCCAGAUCAGUUCAGGGUAUCAGGAAUUUCCUGGAAGUCAUAAUUUGACCGACCGACCGCCCACCCGCAUGGUCCGAUGCCCAAAACAGUUCCAGAGAAUUGGGGCUUGCGGUUGGUCUAGUUCAUUAGUUUAAAAAUGAGCAAACUACCAAACAGAGUCAAUGGUCUUACUCUGUGGAGCUUGAUCCCCUUAUUCGUGGGAACGUUUUCACCGAACAGCGCCUUUCUUAGUGUUGUAGAACCGAACGCAGGUGUUCAUGGAAGUCCAGUGGUGUUCAGGAGUUUGUGUCUGAAAAUAGUUCCAUGAACUCGACGACAAAACACAGUUGCCUGGUUUCAUGUGAACAAGAUGGUCGCCACCUUGUGGUCGUCCAUAGGAAUUGCGGCCACCCAGACGAACACUGCAGUGGAAAUUGCUACAAAGUAGCAAUUAGGCUUAACAAGCUCCAGGAUGGUCUCUGGUUCGCGUGGCUGUUCGGUUCCUGAACCAAAUAUAAAAUCCCACGAACCAAGUCUGUUCAUGUGGAUUUUUAAAGGGCCCAUAAUCUUUUGGUAAGAGGCUGGCCAGCAGGCCCCUCCAAGAGCAUGUGACAAGGUUCAGUUCGUCACAGUAUCCUAAUGAGAAAAGCUCUUGUACUAUUUGUUUGACAACGAACACUUAACGUUUCACUGCCUUCCAAAUAUGAAGUAAAAGUGUUGUGUAUAAUUGUUACUUCUGCAUUAUCUAUAUGGCAAGCCAGAGAGCAGGCUAAGGUUGCUUGGGGGAUUCACAGUUUUAGUCCAUCUUAUGCCCUUAGCAUAGUGGUGCCAUAGCCACUACAACAUGAUGGUAGUUAUUAUGGUGUCUAGACUAACCUUAACCCCUUAAGGACCAAACUUCUGGAAUAGAAGGGAAUCAUGACAUGUCAUGUGUCCUUAAGGGGUUAAACUGUGUUGGCCUUUUUACAAUUAUUUUUAUUGUGUCAACAUAUUCCGCAGCAUUCUUCUGGAAAAGCAUAAGGGAUAUAGUGACAAAGGUCUUACGGAGACCGAUUUGAUCUUUCUUCUUGGACCUUCCUCUUGUCUUGCCCAAUUGAGGAAAUUCCCAAACAUGAUUGAAAACUUUUGAACGUAAUCACACUAGCGACCUGUAGGGUCUUUGCAGCCGUAUGGUUUCAAACAAACUACCUGACAUUGCAAGAUUAUUUUACAAAAAGACAACGUGGUAAUGAAAUAAUUUACCUCAAAGGUGAGGUGUUCACACGCAUCAUUUUCUAGUAUGGGAUCCCUGGGAAGAAUAUACCUCCAAUAACUUUUAAAAUAGCUGUAACAAACUCUCUGGGUAAAUUGCGCAUAGCGGCACCAUUUUUCAUUCUCUUCUUCAUCUCCUUUUCCUUCUCGUAAUUUUUUUUUUCUCCUACAUUUUUUCUAAUAAUUAUGAGAACAAUACACGGAUCUUGUACAUAUUGUUUCAGUAAUAGACAAAGUAAGGAAAAGUAAUAGGUUUCAUACUUAAAGUAUUCUAAACUCAACUUCAGAACAUAUCAUAUUUUAUUGUUAGCAUAACAUUUAAUUACUCUCUUCUUUUUGAUAUAUUCGUUAAUUUAACAUGUUAUGUGUCUAAUCCAAGACUUUUUAUUCUGUAUAAUUUGUACUCUGUAUUUUGACGUCCGCCUCUUGAAUAAAGAAUUUAGAAAAAAAAUAUGCAGUGCUUUUUUCCACUAAAAGUAUGUUCAAAAAGGCGUCUGCAAUUUAAUGAUUAUGAAAUGCUUUUUCUGUGUUAUAUAGAUUUUGAGAAAUAUACCGUGGAAUUGCAUAAAAGGUAAGUUUAUUUUUAUAUAUUUGCUUAUUUACCAAAAAAUAUAUAUAUCUUUACAAUAUAUAUAUAUAUAUAUAUAUAUAUAUCUCUUUUACUGUAAUGUGUUUUUAUUUAUAUGUGUAAUGUUAUAUAAAAACCACACUACAGGGGGGCAGAGCUUGGCAGCCGACCUUAACGGACGCAAGGUAGAUGGGCUCCGUGUUUACCCAGAGCAAACUGACGAUUUUCAGCCACCUAAUUGCUGAUAAUAACACCCAAACAACCCAGAACGACAAUGGGAAGGAAAACCAAGAAACAAAAACCGGACCGACCCAAACAGGGGGCCAGCAUAAGGGAUCUCUUCACCCAAGCGCAAGGUGCAUACAGCCCCAAGAUGGCCACCGACCUCGAGGAAUUCUCGGACUCCUCAGGGGAUUUCUACCCAGAGGAAGACACUACAUUACCUCCAGGGAGACCCCAACAACCAGCACCAAGCAUCGCGGCUGCAGAACCGGUGACGGCGAUGCUGCUGAAGACUCUCCUAGGAGAUUUGCAGAAAACCCUCCAGGCUGAUGUCGCACAGCUACGCACAGACCUCACGGGCCUGGUGGGCCGUAUUGACGCGGUCAAAGUAGCCUCCACGCGGCAAGCACAAGAAAUAACGGAGCUCGGGCAGGAAUUGCAGGCACGAAAGCAAAAGCAGGCCAAAACUGACCAACGCUUCGCGGCAUCAGAAGAUGACAAGCGCCGCAAUAAUCUAAAGAUCCGCGGGAUCCUGGAGGACAUACCUGCGGAGGAAAUCCCACACCUCCUACAGAGGCUCACAGGAGCCCUAUUGACGCCUAAGCAAGCCAGGAACACCGGCUUUGAAGUGGCCUUCCGGGUCCCGAAACCCCGGAGAGCCCCUGAGGCAGCCCCCCGAGACCUGGUGGUGAAGUACAGAAGCGCGGCUGAGAAAAUGGCAGUACUCGCGGCCCUGAAGGGAGCAGCCACCUACAGCUUUGAAUCGAUGGUCCUGUCUUUCUUCACGGACCUGUCAGGGGAAACUCUGCAGUGGCGCAGGUCCAUGCUACCCGUCACCAAACUGCUCCGAGAGAAGCAGAUUACCUACCGCUGGCGCACGCCACACACUCUACACAUACAAGAUAACAAGGCCUACUCCAUUUCGGACAUCCAAGAAGCACCCGCUUUGCUGCGCCUGCUGGGCCUACCUCUGGAGGGGUUACCGCCCAUCACUGCACAGGAAGCAUCAGCAACGGUUCCGAGAUGGGAUCCAACGAAGACAAUCCCUUUCAUCCCACAGGGAACAGGGAAACCCGAGUAUGCAACAGUGACCACAUGAGGGCCCAGCACCCGCACCGGGAUGUUCUUCCUCAUUCCAGGACUGAAACUACGGGACUGACACCCUGGCUGAACGGUCUUGCACACCAAUGAUCUCAUGAGGAGGCGCCGCAAAACCACCCAGACAGAUCUCUGCCGUUUUUUGGUUUUUUUUGUAUUUCUUGUUUCCAUAGUUUUUAUUAUUAUUAGCAUUUCUCUUUUCAGUUUUGACUUUUCUGAUAUGCUCUCACAUUUGCCUUAAUUGCUGCCCAAGACACCCCAUGAUAGGCCUUAAGGGGACAGACCUCGGGACACUAUUACUCUCCCAAACCCGAGCAAGAAGCUCACUAAGCAGUCUCACUGCUACAUUAACCUCCGCACCCACGUAGCUCACCGACAGAGACCAGGCCACAAGGAGCAGGUUUAUCCCUUGGUCCCCACACCUGCACCCCCCCCCCACACCCCAGGGUCACAGGGGACACUAACCCACUUGGCAGACCGCAAGCCUCUAGACACCCCCCAAUGGACGAUCUCCACGUACGGUACCCAGGUAGACCUCACAUAUCAGAUAUGCGGACAUGUACUAUGUCGCCACACUAGACGAUUUCCCUGCAUACCUUCAGAACCAACGUUUAAUUAAUAAAAAUGUGCAGCCGACAAACCACCAUAUCUCUGACCAAUAUUGAUUGUUACUAUUGCACUUGUUACAGCUAAUAUGGCAUUUUCCAGCAUGUAAGCUAUCUCGUGCACAUGAAAAAUAAAGAAUUAAAAAAAAAAAAAAACACACUACACUAAAAUAUAUAUUGUAAAAUAUGUGUGUGUGUGUAUAUAUUUAUUUUAAUAUCUCAUAUUCAGUGACACUAUGUAUAAUCUCUAUUUUUUUAAGGGGUAAAGAACAUGUAUUCUCAUUAUUUUUCUUUUUGUAUUUGUCCAGUGUCUUAGUUUACUCUAUUAAUUCUUGGAGUGUAAUUGUAGGAAACAAAAAUCAAAUUUUAAUCAAACAGGGUUUCUCUCCAAGAAGUAAUAAAGCAAAAUGAGACACUGUCUGUCUGUCUAUCUUCUUGUGUCUGUUAUGGCAAUAUAUUGUGCUUGACUUAUCCAGCACAACCAUUUGUGAAAGGUUAAACACUGAAUGAUAGUCUUAAAGUGUCCACAUCAUGGCCCCCACUGAAGAUAUGACUAAGGCACAGAUUACACUCUUCCUUAUCCAUACCAAGUCAAUCAAGCAGUGGACGGCUGUGAACCUCCUAUGUAACUAAUGCUUCCUCAUUAGCCCAAGCAGCACAGAGGGGCUGCUGGGGCGCUUGCUUAGCAUUAAACCAUUAAAGGGACACUCUAGAACCCUAAUGCACAGUUUGCUGAAGUGCUCUAUGUGUGAAGUGUGUGCCUUUUUUUUUUUUUUUUCUAUUUUACAAAGAAAGUGCAAAGUUUAACAGAAAUCAUCACUUUUAUAAAAAUGACCUUGUUAUUCCUGGUUGCUUAGCUUAUUGGAGCAAAAUGUUAAGAGGCAGACAAUUGUCUAGAGAGCACCUGCAUUGGGAAGUCUGUAUUUGGGACAGCUACAGAAAGUCUAGGCUGGGUUUUAAGGGAACAGCUUACAAAAGGCUGAAGAUGAGAUCUGCAGCAUUUGCAAGCUGUUGCUAGAAUAUCUUAAUACAUGUUUUAAUUUGAAAAUAUAUCUGCUAAACAGUGAUUAUUUAGUUUGGACAGUGGAGUGUCCAUGUAAAAUAAAAAAAAACACCCAAUGGAAGAACAUUGCCAGGGGACCCCAAACACUAUAAACACUUUAAAAAGAUACAUGUCUAGUGUAGUGUAAAAGCAACCCUUUCAUGGUGGCAUAAGACUAAUUUUAUAAGUAAUUUUGUUUGUUUCCAUAAAUUUAUGAAUUUGUCCUAAAAAGUUCUAAUUUAUAUUCUUUUAUUUUGUAGAUUAACUGCAAGGAAUAAGAAGGUAUGCUUUUAAAAAAAAAAAAUUUUUCUUUCUUUAUGUAAACUACUGCCAAAUACACUGUCCGACUCUAACGAGUUUGUUUAUUAAAAAAGUUAAAUGAAAAUUCUCAAUUUAGGCUGGAAUAGUCAAGCUGUGACUACAAUAGACUUCGAGAAAUUUUCCAAAUCUUCUUGUGCGUAUAGUUACAUUUGAAUCGUAUUAAAGGGAAUCUAACCACUUCUUGCUUGUCUCUUUUAGUUCUUGAAACAAUAUAUUAUAAUUUCUGGCCACCCAAGAUUUGAAUCAAAGUUAAUCUCUAAUCCCAAAUAUUUUAUUGAAAUAUUAGUCCAAUUAAUCUUUUAAUUUGGUUUUAAAGUUUCAGUUUGAAUAGGUGUGAGAUUACAAAAUAAAGUCUGUGUUUUUUGUAAAUAUUUUUUUAUUUAUUUAUUCUGGUGAGGAUUUAACACACAGGAUUGAUAUAAGAACACCGGUAUAACAUUACCAAUCCAGGGAGAUAGUGUAUACAAUUGUUCAGUGAAAAGACCAUAUCAUAAAAACAUCCUUAUUUUAAUACUCAAUUUUAUAAAUUUUUCGUAAAUAUUCCUGACCAGUAAUUGGUUGUCUGUUUGAUUUUCUUUUGGCUAGACGUUUGGGCGUUAAACCACCUUAAUUAGGUCUGGUCACACACAGAAUAAUAGUGUAAAAUCUUAUUGGUGUAUGAGAUCCCAUACCAUUUAAGACACCAUUUUUGUUGUUUUAAAAGUAUUUCCCAGCGCCAGACUGGAUUAGAAGAAUAUAGUGAGAAAGAAGUAGAAAAAGGAACAAAGGGCGAGAUAGAAGAGGAUGAUUAACCAAUGUGGAGAUCGUGAGCGGUGGUGUUGCGAUCAGUCCCUAUGGGCUCAUCUGGUAGGCAGGCGGGGAAGGGAAAGGGGUCAGACCCUGCCCUUUAUUUUUGUAAUGCAUACAAGCUUAAAAUUAAAUUUUUGUGAAAGAAUGGACAAUAUGAUAAGGUAUAGCAGCUAGGCACAAAACAUCAUGAAACACUGCACCAUUUUUGUAAUUUAUAAAGUGAAAUCUAUGCAUAUAUGUCGUGGCUAAAGAGACUAAUAGAUCGUAGAGAGGAGGUACAGAUCAACAUGCAGUACAAGGGUACCCUUCAGGCCACGAGCAUCGGCGCGUGGUCACAUCCGUUUGAACGCUCCUUGAGCACAGGAUGACGUGCAAGCCUCUGCCUGGGAAUCGUGAACACUGCAAACUCCUGCAGUUGGAUCUACAUUAUUCUGUAGACAGUCCUACAGAGCCGUGGGUAUAAGAUCCCUUUCAUCCCCUCUAACUAAAGGGGGACUAACAACUGAAAUUACUAGUACCGAAUCUACAACUCUCCCUCUAGACAUACUUACUAACCAGAGCAUAAGCAAAUUAAUGGUUGAUCUAUGGGAAAAUUAAAAAUUAUCUCAAGCAAACAUGUCUGAAUUGAUCAAAGAAAUCUAUAUUAAAGGACCACUAUAGUGCCUGGAAAACACCAGCCUCAGGGACCCCCUCCCGCCCGGCUCUGGGGAGAGGAAAGGGGUUAAAACUUACCUUUUUCCAGCGCUGGGUGGGGAGCUCUCCUCCUCCGAUCCUCCUCCUCUGCCCCUUCGGCUGAAUGCGCACACGCGGCAAGAGCUGCACGCGCAUUCAGCCGGUCACAUAGGAAAGCCUUUAGAGUGCUUUCCUAUGGACGCUUGCGUGCUCUCACUGUGAUUUUCACAGUGAGAAUCACUCAAGCGCCUCUAGUGGCUGUCAAUGAGACAGCCUCUAGAGGAAUUGGAGGAAGGAUUAACCCUAUUAUAAACAUAGCAGUUUCUCUGAAACUGCUAUGUUUAUUAAAAAAUGGGUUAACCCUAGCUGAACCUGGCACCCAGACCACUUCAUUAAGCUGAAGUGGUCUGGGUGCCUAGAGUGGUCCUUUAAACUCAAAGAUGGUAGAGCAAGUUAACGAACUUGAGAAAAUACAAACAGAAGUUUCUCUGCUACAAACACAAUCUCACAUUGGAAAACCAGUUAAAAGAAAUUGACCAAUGGGGUGGGGCCUGACUAACAUGGAGGAGAGACAUGUUUUCUCAAUUAACUAUCUCUUCAACCCCAUACUACUUCUAAACGUAAAAUUUCACCAGAAAUUAUUUUCAUGCUUUGUUUGAGGAGCUCACACUAUGCAUAUCUGUACUCCAUGAUGGCCAGAGCCUGCUUUCCCUCCCCCCCCCACAUUGCUCCUUUAAUGAUAUACUCUCCUUUGGCCAGGGUGGGAGGAAUUCUCAUCCUUGGGGUUGAUGCUUGACAUGCUGCAUUCACCCUGCAACACAGAUCAGGGCAGCCCCACAGGCAUAAUUUUACUUCCUGCAGAACCAGCCACACGGAGAUGCCUCGAUCAGCGCCACAGGGAGACGACAGGCACACUCAGACCCUGCCUUUAUAUGCGUCUUACUGUGCGUCGACUGAACCUGGGUCUGCAUUCAUGUGGAUUCGGCUUGACAUCCCACCCAUUCUUCCCACCUCUCCCAUAAAGCUAUCUUUUUAUUCAAAUGGGCUAUCUUUUCGUACCGAGCAUUAAGAGAUACUUGUUGCACCACUUCCUUUUUAUCGAGAGCUUUAGAGGAUUUCCAACCUCUAGCUAUCUGUAAGUUCGCAGCUACUAAUUGUAAGGCUAUGUGAAAGGCUAAGAUUCCUUGUUGUUUCGUGAGAUUGUCUGGGCAUAUGAAUAGGAGAAAAGGCCCACCUGACAUCUUUUAUUGGUUUGUUUAAGACUUCAGAGAUCAGGGUUGCUAUCAUCUCGCAAAAGGGAACAUUCUCUGUGGCGCAUCUCCAACAUCUGUCGGAUGCAUUUGAGAACAUGUGGGCUAAGCGUGCCGGCACCAAGUGCCAUCUUGCUUAUUAGUUCUACAUGUGAGGUACACAGAUUGUAUGGUUUUGACCAGGUGGCAUUGGGUAUCUCAUGACCCAAAUCUCUUUCCUACUCUUUCGUGUACCUGGGUGUAGGAUGUUCAGCGUCCCACAGUAAUGUGUCAUUGCAAGCUAAUAUAACUCCUUUUUUGGUGUUAUUUCUGUGCUGAUUUUCUCUAUGAUCAACAUAGUUGGCACUAUGGACAGGGAGGGGAAUUUGUCCUUGUGGUCAUCCCAUGCCUUUAGCAUCACAGAUGUAGUGUGCAGCAUGUUUUGCAUUUUUCAACGUAAUGGUUUGGGUACCCAAAAUAAAUAGUGAAUCUCCUCUGUCAAGGACCAGUGUGAUUCAAUGUCCAGGGAGUUUAGUCUUGAUGUCCUAUGCCCUCAUGGCAUGAUUGAGAAGUGUAGCAAGGUAGUAGGCGUGUAGGUGAAGUCAACCCACUCCCCCGUCAUCUAGUUUUCUAGUGGCAGUGGACUUUGGAAUACGAGAGUUUCGGCGGCCGGUAAUGAAUCUGUCAAUGUGUCGUUGUAGUGUUUUGGUUUUUUUUUUGUCAAUCUGUUUUUAUUGAAGGCAUAUAAGAUGGGGUACAUAAGAGAAAGCCGGGGAAAUAUACGGGUGGUUUUCAAUACAUGGUUGAUACAUCAUUCAGCAAGAGUAUGUUUCCUUUCCAGAAUAACGAAGCCUCAUUUUUAAAAAAAAGUUUAUCGUUGUAGUUGAGUAAAAUAGGAUCUUGGGACAGCUACAGGCAAAGAACAGAAUAGAAAUUGGAGUUUAGGGAGUAGCAUCAUCCUUAACCCCUUAAGGACCAAACUUCUGGAAUAAAAGGGAAUCAUGACCUGUCACACAUGUCCUUAAGUGGUUAAGGCUGCAUUUCGGCCUAAUUUAAAGUAGUUGGCCCCAAUGAUGUCGUCUAGAUUUUUAUUCAUUCAUUUAUUAUUAUUAUUAUUGACCUUAAUAUUGCGCCAACAGAUUCCGUAGCGAUUUACAAUACUAUUAUUAUUAGGACAAUUACAAGACAACUACAGGGAUGAUAGGUUGAAGAGGACCCUGCUCAGACGAGCUUACAAUCUAUAGUAGGUAGGGUGUAAAACACAGUAGGACAGAAUUUUGCAAUCAAAUAAGGGGAGAGUGAGUGCUGCCCUUUAGGAGAGAGCAAGUGACCGGUAUGUAAGGUAGAGGAUACUCUGGGAGGCCAUAAGCUUUCCUAAAGAGAUAGGUUUUAAGGCAUUUCUUAAAAGAUGCAAGACUAGAGGAGAGUCCAUAGGAAGGGAGCUGCAAGCAUGAGUUGGCCGUACGGGUGCGAACAACAGACAGGAGAAGGUCUUGGGCAGAACGGAGAGACCGAGAAGGGACAUACCUAUAAAAGGGGCUAGAAUUGUUCAGUGCUUUAUAGGUGUGAAUUAGUACCUUGAAUUGAUUCCUGAAGGAUACAGGAAGCCAAUGUAAGGACUAGCAGAGGGGUGAGUUGUGAGAGAACCAUCAGGAAAAUCAGUCUGGUGGCAGCAUUCAAUAUGGACUGUAGCGGUGCAGUACGGCUUUUGGGAAGAUUAAUUAGGAGAGGGUUACAAUAUUCCAUGCGCUAAAUUACUAAAGCAUGGACAAGCUCCUUGGUAGCAUCUUGUGUGAGAAAGGGGUGGAUGCGGGCUAUGUUUUUAAGAUGGAAUCUACAGGAUUUGGAUGUGAGGCUCAAAGGUGAGGCCAGAAUCCAGUAUGACAGCGCGCUUUCAAAGAUGGACUUAUGUGAAUACCACUAACGUGAAGGAAGAGCGAAAGAGGAGGAUCAGUAUUAGGAGGAGGAAAGACGAGGAGCUCAGUUUUAGAGAGAUUGAGUUUUAGAAAGUGGAAGGACAUACAGUCAGAGAUGACAUGUUGCAGGACGGCAGUGACACGUUGCAAGAUGGCAGGAGAGAGAUCCGGGGUGUCUUCAGCGUACAGUUGAUAGUGGAAUCCAAAAGAGGUAAUAAGUUUGCUAAGAGAGACAGUAUGAAACAAAAAUAGAAGGGGACCAAGGACAGAGCCUUGGGGAACUCCAACCGAGACAGGAUGAGGGGAGGAGGUAUCAUUAGAAAAGGAGACAGUGAAUGAGUGUUGGGAGAGAUAAGAUUCCAGGUAAACUAUGUGAUCGUCUCUUUAGUCGAAGUCGUGGUGUAUUUUGAGGCAUUGUAUUGUUGUGUGUUGUAGAUUGAUUGAUUGGCAUUGCCUGUGUUUUGGUCGUGUUUAGCUUGUAAUAUGAGAAUUUGCUGUAUUCCCUCUAAAUGUCUGUGAUUGCAGGUUGGGGUGUUUCAGGUCAAGUGAUGGUGAGGAGGACAUUGUCCGCAAAUGACUGAGUUUGUGUUCUUUCUGCCCUAUGUGGACCCAUAAUACUGCCGUGUUCUAUUCUUUUUGGGUCGCCAAGGGCUAGAGUGCCAAAACAUAAAGAAGAGGGGAGAGGAGGCAAACCUGUCGCAUCCUGUUUAUGUCAAAGGACUCUGAGACAAAGCCUCCAUAAAGCACUUUGGCUGUAGACAUGUUGUAGAGCACUCGAACCGCAGAGAGGAAGGGGUCAGAAAAUUUAUACUUAUUUAAUAUCGCUUCAAGGAAAUUCCAGCUCAGGCUGUCAGACGCCUUUUCCGCGUCUAGGGAAAGCAUGAGCCCCUUUGUCCCUUGUUUGUUCAUGGAAUGUAUAAUGUCCAGUACCCUCGGACAUCCUAUUUGCUAUGAUCUUUGCAAAUAGUUUAGCAUCUAAAUUUAGCACGGAAAUGGGUCUGAAGUUUUUGCAAUGUGUUGGGGGUUUGCCUGGUUUUGAGAGGGUAACCACUGUUGCCGCAAUCAUGUUUUGUGGCAGUUUAGAGGGAUCGCAUUGUUAAAUAAGCAGAGUAGGUAAGGGGCUAGGAUUUUGCUAAUUUUUUUAUAAUAAAUGUUUGGUAGACCGUCUGGGCCUGGUAAUUUGUUGGCUGGAAGGCUUUGAAUUGCUGCCUCGAUUUCUUCUAUUCUGAAGGUAGCUUUCUUGAAGCAGAGGUGAGUGUAGGUGUAUGUGUAUGUUCUAGAUAUGUUGUGGAUUCAUUUACAGUAUUGUGGUGUUGCUUUUCUUCCCUUUGUAUGUCCCAUAGAAGGUAGCAAACUCUUUGCCAAUGGCUUCUGGGGAAAUGACCUUAGCGUUAGUGUCUGUCUUAAUAUAUGGGAUUCUGGAUCUAGCUUGGAUAUCUUUCAGCACGGUAACUAAUCUUUUCCCAGCUCUCUUUCCCUGUGUGUAGUGAGAAAGCUUUAUUUUUUUUAAUUAGGAAACUGGUACGUUGCAAAUGUGCCUCCUGGAUCUUAUUUUGGGUCUACUAAGGCGCUUAGUGAGUUUUAUUUGGUUCUUUUUGUUCAGGUUUCGUAACCGCUCUUCCCAUUCUACCAAUUUGGUUUGGGAUGCUCUUUUGAUAUGUGCUGCUUGUUUAAUACACAGUCCCCUCGUGACCGCUUUGUGAGCUAGCUAAACUGUCUAUAGUCACAUCAGGUGUGACAUUUACGGAGAAAUACUAGUUGAUCUGUCAUCACGUUUUGAGAAUAUUGGGGGUUCUGGAAAGUUGACUCCGUUGCCAAGGGGCUUGUUUUUAAAAGAAAAUUUAUCUGACAACAUGAGAAUAACAGUGGCAUGGUCUGACCAUUCAAUAUUCCCUAUCUCACUGUCUAUGACUUGUUCAAGUUGUAUGCCUUUAAUGUAGUAUCGCUCUAUCCUAGUAUAGCAGAUAUGUACAGAGGAGUAGUAAGUGUAAGCUUUGUCUGUUUGGUUAUUUGAACGCAAGACGUCGUAGAGGUUGUAGACAUUUAAAAAUGAGGCCAUUUUUGUCAGCUUUAUUACUUGUGGGUGUUUUGUCUGAAGUGGAAUCAACUAAGGGGUCUUGAAUGUAGUUGAAGUCCCCCCCAAGGAUAAGCAAACCUUGUUGUAUUUGAUCAAUUUUGGAUAGGACUGUGGUUAAAGUCUUUCUGAUUGUCGUUGGGGGCAUACAUGUUAGCUAUUGUAUAGGUGAUCUCAUUGAUUAGAGCUAUUAUAAUCAAGAACCAUCCCUUUGGGUGCUCUGCUUUCUUUGUUUUUUUUUUCUUUUUUUUUUUUUUUUUUUCGGUGCACAAAGUUUAUACAGGCAGGCCCGGGGUGCCCCAACGGCAAUCCCCAAGCUUUUCUCGCUUAACAUGCGGAUCAGAUGAACAGUAUGCACAUUUUUAUAUAUUAUGAACAGGCUUAACAAUAGUCAUGUACAGCGACAUUCUUAUGAGACAGUGACAUGGAAGCUUUGCAUAAUGUUAUUUCAAAAGAAGGCUUAGACAUCUAUUGUGUCCCAGAAAAAAGAGAUUACGUGUGUGUAGGUUUGAGUGGGUGAGUGUGUAGCAUGACUAUAUAAUAGUGUUACAAAAGCAGGCUGGAACACCCAAUGUGUAAGAGUACGUUUAAGAUUAAGUUACAGACCUAGAUAAACAUGCGUGUGUAUAGGUUGAGUAGGUAAGUGUUUGACAUGGCUAUCUGUGAUGAGUAAAGUAUCGGUCAAACAGGUACAGAACUAUAUUCCUAGACUAUGAACAUAUGACCGGAACAACAUUUGUAGUCUAUGCCUAUUUCACUGCUUAACACGCUAAGUGGUCAUGAGAAGUGUGAUGCUCAGUGUUUGGUAUGUCUGUCAGGCAUAGUGUAUGCUGAACAUUCUAGUGUAUGCAGGUUUCAACUUUUUUAACGCUUACUAUACACAGCAUGACCAUUAAGAGAGUUACGGUUAUGAGUCCAGCGGUUUUGCCCUAGGAGGUAGUUUACGGGUCGGAUAGUCCAGCGGCUUCACGCUUAAUUAUCCACCAAUAGUCCUCAGACAGAUAGGAAAACAGUAAGUCCAGGAGAGCAUGCAUGACAGGUAGGGGGGUUUCGUGUGGCGUCUUCUUGGGCCCUUCUGGUCACGUCCCAGUCGGUUCUCAGGCAGUGGUGAGUGGGACUUUGGGGCAACGAGAUCGUGGUCAAUCGAUGCCUCUACUGGGGAGGGCAGCUGUGUGGGCUGGAAUAGUCCAUUGGGCAGAGGGUUGCGGGUUGGUAUAGGCUGCCGGCCAGCCCCAGGUCGGUGUGAAGGCCAGUACCUGCAGUCCACAGACUCGGUGUCUCUGCGAGGCCGGGUCUACCCUUUGUCGGGCGUCAUGGGAGGCCUGGGUGUUACGUCGCCGCCAGCGGCGGUUAGGCCUCCUGCGAUGUGGUCGGUACCGUGCAAAACCUUUGGCCUGGGAAGGCUUUUAGUGUGGUCUAUGUGGCUGGUUCCGUGGGGUUCGCCACGUGGUGACCCUCCCCCAUCCCUCUUCUGACAACUUGUGCUGCUGCUUCAUGUUGGGACUGCUCGUACCUGCUGCGGUCCUCCAGGCAUCUCCAGAACCUCUGGAAGAGUUUGUCAAGCUGUGUCAUAAAGUGGGACACAUGGUUAGUGCCCUGUUGAUUGUACUGUGUGUACGCUGGGUGCUGUUGCUCGGGUGCCAUUUUGUGAGGCCUUCUGGCCGUGUCGCUCUGGUUGCAGAGUGGCCUGGCAGCGUGCUGAGCUGUGGGUCUGGGGCUGGUAGGGACCGGGAUAACCCCCACCGGUCCAAAGGGGGGAGGGAUUUGCAGGGGCCCUUGCUGGAGUGUAAGUGAUCGUCCAGGUUAAGUAUGGGGUUGUCGGCCAGUUGCGGAUUAUUAAUAGCCAGGUAGGGAAUCCUCAUCUACACGGGAUUUGAUGCUUCAGGGCAGUUGUUACCGUGUUGAGGAGUCUUCUUGCGGCUAAGGUGGCUGGAGAGAUAUCUGCAAAAUGUUUUUGUGUUUCUGCUGGCUUUCAUGAUUUAAUGUGAUGGUAGUGGGCUUGGAGCAGCACAUCUCUGGAUGCGGAUGCCGGUGCUGCACGCGCUUUUGCCACUCUAUAGAUUCGAUCCAAGACGGGUAUGUGGGGCAUAGAUUUUGAAAUAGGCCUCUUGUGAAUGACUGUAGAUCCCCCUGAGCCUCAAAUUGUUCUGAUGGGAACGGUCCUCCAGAUCUGCCACUUUGGUGUCAUGGGUGGUCAGACGUGACUCUCUAGUUGUUGAAUUUUAAUCACUAGGGAGUUGUGUGUGGUUGUUUUAUCUUCCACGUUGGUCUCUAAUUGCGUGGUUUUGUCACCGAUGUCUUGUAUUUCUCUUUUUAGCUCGGAUAUAGACGCUCGAAAUUGGGUUAGAAGUUGUUUGGAUUGAGCAUCCAGUAUCUUUUGCAAAAUGGAUGGUGUUAUUUGGCCUUCUGUGUCUUGUGAGGGAGGCAAAAGUGAGCAGGAGUCUUGGCUGUCUCCAGACUCGUGGUCCCCAUCUUGGAGGCCUUCCAGGAGGGUCAGCGGUUUUUGGGGGUUUUUUUUGCCGUGAAGAAUGAGGCUCUGUCUCCCUUACUUUUGCUUUUAUGGCAUCUUUCCCUGUAUGUCUCGUCUGCUUUUUAUCUCGUGGUGUGGAGCUGGGCACACCUUAGUCGUCCACCACGCACGGAUCUCAUGUCUUAUGUGGCCAUCUCGUUUAACUUUGGCUCCGCCCCACUUGUAAAUUAAUUUUAUAGUUUGGAAAUCGGCUAAAAUUAUCAAUGCAGGUCAUGAUUGCAGGGAGGUAAAUUUCUGGUUGAGAGAUGGUCAAAAUGAUAUCCGUGUAUAGUGUUAUUUUUUGUUCCAAAUUACCUAGUAGAAUACCUGAGAUGUUGGUUGAUUGUCUUAUGUGAGACGCUAAGGGUUCAAUUGAGAGAACGCACAGCAGGGGUGCUAAACGGCAUCCCUGCCAUGUGCCAUUUUUAAUAUAAAACCAUUGAAUUUGAACCGUAAAUGUUUGUCUUUGGAGAGGUGUAAAGUGACAUUGCCAAAUCUUUAAAACUCCCUCAAUUCCGAAAGCUGAUUAAGUUUCUGGCAGUUAGAUCCAAUUGACUCUGUAGAAUGCUUUUUCAGCAUCGACGGAGAUAAAAACUGAUGGAUGUUGUUCUUCCUUUAUUUUCAGAAUCAAAUUAGAAAUUUUCUGUAUGUUCUCACCUCCCCAUCUUAAAACCAGAUUGGUCAGUAUGAAUCAUGUCUGGAAUUAUCAAACUUAGUCUAUCGGCUAGAAUUUUAGAAAUAAUUUUUAUAUCCAGCUUUACGAGGUUGGGCGGUAUUUAUUUUAUUUAUGGUCUUUUCGUGGCUUGAGGAUGGGCGAAAUAGUGGCACUUAACAAGUCUUGAGAUCUUGAGUCUUUUUAGACAAUUUUAGUACAGUUUAGUACAGUUUGCCUAACAGAAGAGUGAUAAUUGAUUCAAAAAUAUUUGAUUUUCUUCAUUUUUUAAAAAUAUUUUUGGUUUAAGUCUAUUUGAUAGAAAUUUCUCUGCCUUAUUUUUGCUACUAUACCACUUUUGGUUAAAUAUCAUACUUAUCUUUUUAACUCUAUCUUCAAGUAAUUGAUCGAUCUGUACUUGUAUUGUUCUAAUUUGAUUAACAAUCAAAGUUAAAGGGUUCCUUUUAUUGCACUGCUCCUGUUGUGCUAGCUGUAUGGGUAAAUCUGUUAGGUCUGCACUUUUUUGUUCUCUAGCCUCCAAAUGAAUCAAAUUUCUUCUCAUCACAGAUUUCAAAGUUGACCAAAGAGUUUCAGUUGAAACAUUCCCUAUAUCGUUUAAAGAAAGAAACUCUUUUUGGCCAUGAGAUCAAGUUGAUCUCUAUUUUCUUUUAACAGAAUAGAUUCGUCCAUCCUCCAUUGAAGUCUAAAUUUGUACUCUGUUAUUUUCAAUCACAACCUAAAUAGGAGCAUGAUUGCUCCAUGUAAUGGAACCUAUUUGAGAAGUGGCAAAAUUCCUCAGAUUUAUUGAAUCCGUUCAUAAGCAAUCUUUUCUUGAGUAACUGUUAUAGAUUUUAGAGAAAAAAGUAAAGUCUUUUACUCUGGUGUGUUGCACCCUCCAUAUAUCGAAAAGAUUAUGUGUGCAUAAGUUGUCUUGUAUCCAUUCACAUCUUCUCCUAUGGACUUUCUUCAAUAUAUUUGAUCUUUCUCCUUCCCUGUCCCAAUUAUCUAGUACAGUAUUCCAGUCACCCCCAAUAAGUAAAAUUCCAUUUUUAAUUGUAUCUAUUUUUUUUUCUCAAAGUCUUUUGUAAAAACCCUGUGUUUAUACGUUUGGGGCUUGUACGUUGGCAAAUGUGCAAAUAGAUAUCGACCCUAUAGGUCCCUUUCUAUGUGAAUUAGUUCGAAUUUAAUCUUAGAGGAACAUAUAAUAGCGACACCUCUUCUAGUAGCAUUCUAUAUAAUAGGCUCCUUUUUAUUAGGGAAUUUAAACCCUUAGCAUUAAUUCACAUGCUUAGUUCUAUUGUUUGAAUUAUCUAGGUUGAUCCUGUUAGUUUUAACAUCUGAUAAAAUAGCUCUGUCCCUCCAAGGUGUCUCCAUUACAAGAAUCGUAAAAUAAAUAAAUACAAAACAGAAAUGAAUCCCAAAUAAAAACAAACAUAUAUAAAUAUAAAUCGUACAAAACGCCACCUUUAGUGCAUUACCUAUUAGGCGGUUGUCCUGAAAUUAUCACCCAAUCACAAAAAAGAAAUCCAAAUUCUGGAAGAAGCUAUCGCUGGACAAUAUAUUAAGGACAAGAAAAGAUACCUUAUCCUAGUUAGUAAGUAAUAUAACAAAAAAACUUGAUUUUGACUAAAGUAACCGGUAUCUUCAAACUUGAAAAACAGCAUAAUUAUUGCGAGUUAGUUGACUUCAGACGAUGAUUUUAAAGGACCACUAUAGGCACCCAGACCACUUCAGCUUAAUGAAGUGGUCUGGGUGCCAGGUCAACCUAGGAUUAACCCUUUCUGCUUUAAACAUAGCAGUUUCAGAGAAACUGCUAUGUUUACAAAUGGGUUAACCCAGCCUCUAAUGGCUGUCUCUUUGACAGCCACUAGAGGCACUUCUCACUGUGAUUUUCAUAGGAAACAAUGCUUUCCUAUGAGACUGGCUGGCUGCACGCGCGGCUCUUGCCGCGCAUGCACAUUCAGCUGAUAACGGGAAAGGCGGAGGAGAGUCUCCUGCACCGAGGGAGCCCGGCGCUGGAGAAAGGAAAGUGUUUAACCCCUUCCUCUCCAUCCAGCCCCGCGGGAGUGGGACCCUGAGGGUGAGGGCACUAUAGUGCCAGGAAAAAGAGUAUGUUUUCCUGGCACUAUAGUGGUCCUUUAAAGAUUAGAAGUAAGUUAUAAUUAAAGUGAACCACCCUUUAAGUUUGAAACAAAUUGAGAUUAGAAUUAGCCUUAGUGAAAAUAGUGCUUAAAGUGUAAUCAAACAAAUUAUAUUAACAAAGAAUAUUUUCAAACUUAAGUAACAUAUUUUCUAUACACAUUCAUAGAGACAAGUUUAAUAAUACAACUAAACUUUUGAAGAGAUCUCUUAGUAAUAGUUUGCAGCAAUAUCAAAUUGAUACAUUAAGGCCUUCUAUCUUUAAUUCCUUGCAUUUAAAUAAACGUGAGUGUACUAUAUGAGGCUUACCGUAUAUACUCAAGUAUAAGACGAGUUUUUCGGCACAUUUUUUGUGCUGAAAAAGCCCCACUCGUCCUAUACUCGAGUCAGUGUCUGUAUUAUGGCAACUUACACUGCCACAAUACAGACCAGGACCGCAGGGCUCAUCCCAAGCCUGGCGGUCCUGUUGGGGGCCGGAGCAAGCUGUUACUUAUCUUUACAGCAGCUCCAUUCAGUUCCCUUCUCCUCCGUGCCGUUCAGCUCCAGUGUUAAUCUCGCGAGAGCCGCGGCGCCAGAGCGUUGCCACUGGUUACCGUGGCAACGCUCCACGCAGACCGCGAGAUUUGUACAGGAGCUGAAUGUCACGGAGGAGAAGGGAGCUGAACGAAGCUGCUGUAAAGGUAAGUAACCGCUUGCUCCCAGCCCCCCUCCUGCACAGCCCAUCCACUGGACCACCAGGGAAUUGUAUAGCCCCUCUCCCUGGUCAUGUAUCAAGCAGGGAGGGGGGACAAAAAAAUAAAAAAUUUUUUUUAAUAAUAUUAUAAUAAAAUUAAAAUUUAAUAAUAUUAAAAAAAUAAAAAUAUUAUUAUUUUAAUAAAAAUGCCCUGCCCCCACCAAGGUUACACACUCUGCAUCACAUACACACACUACAUUCAUACAAACACACACUCUGCAUUAUAUACACACACUGCAUACAUUAUAAACACACACACACACACUCUACAUUCAUUAUAUACACACACUGUAAAUAAAUAUUCAAUUAAUAUAAUUUUGGGGGGAUCUCAUUUUAUUUAGAAAUUUACCAGUAGCUGCUGCAUUUCCCACCCUAGGCUUAUACCAGAGUCAAUAAGUUUUCCCAGUUUUUUGGGGUAAAAUUAGGGGCCUCCACUUAUAUUCGGGUCGACUUAUACUCAAGUAUAUACGGGUAUAUUGUAUUAAAAGGAAAGUUUGUAUAUUAUUAUAAUCCUAAUGUGAUUUUAAUGUGACUUAAUUAAUAAAUCCGCUAAAUUUGUCCCAGCAUAAUUAUUGUGCCUAAAGACAAUACUGUUAAAGAUUAAAAUAAGUUAUAAUUAAGAUGAACCACCCUUUGAAUUUUGGAUUAUUAAAAUUAGCUUCAAUGAAAAUAGUGUUUAAAGUGUAAUAAAAAAAAAGAGUACAUUCUAUAAGGCUUACUUAUUUUUAUUCAAGAAUACCAAGCUUUCUCAUUUAAAAAAAAAUCUUUUUGGGGGUCGUUCAUAGUAACUGUUUUCAAUUGUGAAAUAUUAACAGUUUAGCAGGAAAGCCUCAUCUAGAAACUAUAUUUGUAUCACAAAGUUGUUUGGUCAUUUCUUUGAAACAAGUCCUACUUAUCCUCGUGGCCAAGGAGAGAUCUGGAAAUAUCAGUACUCCCUCAAAUUUUCUAUUUCUCAAAAACAUGUUUUUUAUUGAUCCGUUUAAGAAUCUGACCAUAACAUCUCUCGUGCUAUUGUCAGUUGUUUACCGGCUCUGUAAAUUCUAUGGGAUCGGUCUAUAAAAAGAGGACCCCAAAUGUUGUGGAUUUACAUAUUGAGAAAUUAAUUAUUUUAUUUAUUCUUCUAGUUUAUCUUGUUUUAUCUCUUCUGGGAUGCCUUCAAACCUCAAAUUAUUGCGGUGGAAUCUAUCCCCAAUCUUUGUUACUUUUUGGUCAAGGUUUAAAAAAAAAAAAAAAAAAAUUAAAUUAAAAUGAAUUCUUUAUUUUUGUUGUGCUAGUAAUAACAUCACGCUUGUAAAGCCAUGACACAAGCCUCAGAAAAACAAUGGUAAACAUCAGCAUGGCAUACAGAUUUACAGCACAAUUUUAGUGAAAGUGAGAAUAAGGGUCAGGCUAGAAUAUCACAUUUUGAUAAAAUACGAGAGUCAGAGGAGAAACUGAACUAAUUAGACUUAGCUUAGUACCUGACGGCACAUGCAUUUGUACACUAGGGCCAUGAGAUAGGCUAUGUUAUGUGAAAGGAGUAAACUACGAUUAAACAAAGUCCCCUAGGAGGCUUUCACUAGCUUGUGUGCUAAAUGUAAGAGUGAUCAAGGGUAAGCAAUAUUAAAAGGCAUUUGGUUUGCCAGACUGGGACUAGCAACUUGCGGUGUCUGUCCACUCUUGCACAGUCCGGGAGCUCAGUCAGCUGAUGCCUGCCAAGGGUACAAGAUAGUCUUGCAGCAUGUUGAGGCAUUGCAAGCCUCGAGGCUCAGAUGCCUUCAGAUGUGAUAAGUCUGCCUGCAGGGCCAGGAUCCGGAUCAGGAUGAGCUGUAGCAGACCGCUGGUAGCUGUGCGGAGCUUGCUAUCUCCGGUUGCGUCUUGUAGGAAGCCCAGGCUCUUUCUGUAUCUGCAGCGAUUUGUGCUGAGAUGGAGCACUCUUCUCGGUACCCCGUCAGGAUGAGGCCUACUUCAUAGGCAAGGUUAGUGUUACCAUGCCUGGUUUUGGAGGCUGCCUCCUGGGUGACUGGCUGCAUGGUGGCUGUGAGGGAGGUUUAAACAUUCUGCUCUCCAAUUUGCACCAGAAGAGGGGAAUCCAGCUUGGUCAGCACACCGGGUUCAGUAGGAAGGUGGGAACACGUGGCGUCCGCCAUGUUUGGUAUGUCGCUGAGUUGUAGGCUUGUUGACAUGGCUUCGUCCUGUGCCCCUUCUAGUUCAGGUUUUCGGGGGAGAGGGGUGUGUAACGGGGCUCUCGCAUGUUGUAAGUUGUUGCCCCACUGCACUGGGUCAGAGGAUCGGCCACCUCUCCCGCCCAGCACACACUAGGCCUUGUGUUGCUGAGGGUACCACUUGUAGGUUCCAGUUGGGUCACAGACCGCUGUAUUAGUUCCCAGCUAGAUCGUGGGUCAGGUAGGUCAUUUACUGUCGCCUAGUUUGAGAUGUAUGGGGUUGAAGAGAUAGUUAAUUGAGAAAAUGUCUCUCCUCCAUGUUAGACAGGCCCCACCUCUUGGUCAAUUUCUUUUAACCGGUUUUUCAAUAUGAGAUUUUGUGUUUGUAGCAGAGAAACUUCUGUUUGAAUUUUCUCUAGUUCGUUAACGUGCUCUGCCAUCUUUGAGUUUAAUGUAGAUUUCUUUGAUCAAUUCAGAUAUGUUUGCUUGAGAUCAUUUUUAAUUCUCCCAUAGAUCAACCAUUCGUUUGCUUAUGCUCUGGUUAGUAAGUACGUCUAGAGGGAGAGUUGUAGAUUCGGUACUAGUAAUUUCAGUUGUUAGUCCUCCUUUAAAUAGAACGGAGGAAAGGGAUCUUCUUUGUGUUAGUGGUUUUUUAUAUCAGAUUUAGGUGAUUAAUAGACAAUUAUGGAUUUAUUCUUUUCAGGCUUUUCAGUUAGGGGCACUUUUUUAGGAGCCAUAUUAAAGAUUCCAACUAAACACUCAAGAAAAGUUUCUAGUUUGGGGCUUCUCUUUCAAUGACUCUCUCUGUCUGCUCUUUCUAUCCCUAUUUCUCUCAACUAUACCAACCGUGUACGUAAAUAGUGUUUAAAAAAAAAAAAAAAGAGAAAUAAAAUGGUUACUUCCAAAGUUAGACACCAUGCAUCAAAUAUACAUCCAAAAUGGAUUUAAUAAAUAUAGAACAGUAGUAUUAUAACCAAUUAUAAAUUGCCCUGAAAACGUUUGGGAUAUGUACUAUUUGUUAGUAUUUAUGUUUAAAUUUAAAAAUACUGUUUUCCUUCUAUACUGUAAUAUUAUACAAACAACUGGUAAACCCCUCCUUUUCAGUUAAAAACUUUUACUUACAACUUUGUCUGAUAUAAUAGAGUUUACAUUUACUAUAUAUAUAAUUCACCGCAAAUGCCUGAACCUUUACUUUUGUAUAGAUGUAAAAAACAAUAAAAAUUGAAUAUGACGUAUCAAUUGAAACUAGGGCCAACUAGAGUUUUUUGUUAUUGUUUUUUUUUUUUUACCCCUUAUUUUAACUAUAAUAAGUAAAAUACAAUAGUAGUCUUACAAUAGUAGUAUAGGUAAAAAAAAAAAAAAAAAAUGAAUUUAAAAAAAAAAAAUUUUUCAACAGUAAAACUAGUGUCACUAAAUGUAUUUUUUUUUCCCCUAAAUAGUGUAAAAUGAGCAUUAGAAGUAACUGUUUUUAUCUUUACUUUGUUCUUAUUCUCUGCACCUCUUCUGAUUUCAUGUCAUAUCUCCCUGCUUUCUGUAUUUCUGCCAGACUGUCCACCAAUGGCCAUGCUCCAGUGAUUCUCUGACAUUGGGAAUCAGUAAUGACGCACCUUACUGGGAGUGCUUGAGCUUCACUUGGCUCAACACACGCCCCCAAAAUGUCUGCCCAAGCCUCCUCAGAGUCUUUAGUGGGCUUUUUCACUGUACUUUAUAUAUCUGAUAACAUAGUGUAAUGGUGAACAUAUGGUAGGUAAAUGUAGUGUACAUCUUGGUUAAUUGUCACUUUUGUUUGUUUUUUUCUCCUUAAACAGCUGAAUCUAUGGUUCGAGCAGAAAACACAAGUUUUGGAGUUUUUGGUAAGUUUUUAAUCUUUGGUUUUAUUUAUUUCGUUAUUCUGUUAACAUUGUUUCUUGCAUAGCAGGCAUGUUCAAAACGGGUCCUAGCAAAGGUAUACUUGUGACCCUAAUCAUGUUCCAAAUUCUUGCCUUUGUAAUCACACCAGACUAACUGACUUUCUCGAAUCCAAGUCUCUGCUUGACCCCCUUCAGUCUGGAUUCCGUGCUGGUCAUUCUGUCGAAACGGCUGUGACCAAAGUAUCCAAUGAUUUAAUUGCUGCUAAAUCUCGCAGCCAUUACUCUAUCCUAAUUCACCUUGAUCUUUCUGCUGCCUUUGACACUGUUGAUCAUCAACAUCUUCUUCGCAUUCUCCGUAAUUUUGGUCUACGGGAUAUUGCUCUCUCCUCGUGCUCCUCCGACCUCUCCCAGCGCUCUUUCAGUGUUUCUUUCUCUGACUCUGCCUCUUCCCUCCCAACCACUCUCUGUCGGCGUACCCCAAGGUUCUGUCCUUGGUCCCCUACUGUUCUCUAUCUAUACAGCCUCCCUUGGUAAACUCAUAAACGCACAUUAUUUCUAUGUGGAUGACACUCUCCUGAUCUCUCUCCGCCCAUGUUGACUAGUGUCUCUGACUGCCUCUCUUCGAUUUCCAACUGGAUGGCUGCUCACUUCCUUAAACUCAACCUGUCCAAAACAGAACUUCUGGUCUUUCCUCCCUCAAGUGUUACUACUCCCGUGUCGGUCUCCCUCCAAGUCAACGGCACUACCAUCACCUCUACCUCAAAGGCUCGCUGCCUGGGUGUUCUUUUUGACUCCAACCUCUCCUUCGCCCAUCAUGUCCAAUCAAUCGCCAAAUCCUGUCGCUUCCAUCUCAAACAUAGCGUGCAUUCGCCCCUAUUUAACCCCAGAUGUGGCUAAUACCCUUCUCAGUGAUCUUAAGUGUUCCCAGAUUGCACCACUGCAAUCUAUAAUGAAUGCUCAUUUUCCUGGCCGCUCGUACAUCCCACGCCUCCCUGCUCUGUCAGUCCCUGCAUUGGCUUCCAGUUAGAUAUAGGGCUCAAUUUAAAAUUCUGGUGCUUGCUUACGAUUCCCUAAAUAAUGCUGCUCCAACCUACCUAGCCUCCCUAAUACACAAGUAUGUCCCGCUGAGCCUCCUACACUUUGCCAAAGACCUACGUAUAUCCUCUGUCCGCACACCCACCUCUAAUGCUCGCCUCCACGAUUUCUCCAGGGUUGCACCUCUCCUGUGGAACUCCCUUCCCUUCUCCGUAAGACUUUCACCCAGUCUCCACUCAUUCAAAAAAAUCAUUGAAAUCUCACUUCAAGAAAGCAUAUCAGUUAAACUGUUUGCAGGUUUUUAUCCCCCAUCCUCCAUGACUCCUCUCCUGCAACUGUCAAAAAUUACCUACUGAGUCCUCAAUGAAUACUUUUCCAACAACCUACUUCGUACCCCUACUUUAACCCUUUGUGUCACUAUAUCCCAAUGCCUCUAGAAUGUAAGCUCAUUGAGCAGAGCCCUCCACCUCCUGUAGAUCCAGUUGUCUGGUUACAAUUACAUGUGUGUUAGUCCAUCCAUUGUACAGCGCUACAGAAUGUGAUGGCACUAUAUAAAUAAUAAAAUAAAUAAUAAUGCAAUGGCAUUUCUGUGCCCACUCUAUUAAUUGCAGGGUGUAUGGGGCUAACCGUGCAAAAUACUCAGGACCUUUCAUGCUGGCAAAAUGUCUUUAAGAACAACAUUGUCAUUGUAGCAAAGUCAAAAAUGGAUUCCUUAAAACGUUAAACCAGUAUUCUUAUUCAAACCUGUCUUGAGGCCAGAUUAAACUUUCAAGAUGUCACAAUUUGAGUUGUGCCAAUGACUGACUGAGCCACCUGUAUAUUAAUAGUUCAAAAGUUGCCAACCCAGCAGCAACUGUGAUUUUAUUCUAACAGUAUUUUGAUAUGAAUAUAUAUUUAUUUCAAAAUACACUUAGAAUGUAAUGAUAUAUAUGUAUAAAUAAAUAAAAAUAAUACGAAAUAUACAUAUGUCCAUAUAAAUAAUUACAUAAAUAAUUUCAUAAAUAUGGAGAGAGCAUUGGAAAGCAUGGGAUAUAUUUAGGGAUGCCUAUAGGGGAAUGCAAAGAGCAUGAAAGAGUGAAAACAAAGAAAUCAACAGUUGCAUGGGAGAUUGGGGAAACUUGGUACUGAGCAGAUCUGGAAUUGGCUAGUAAGAUACCUCAGUGCAAAGCAUAAAAUAUCUGAAGUUUGGACGCCUGGACAUUCUGCUUAUACAUUUUUAGCAGAAAGUGAAAUAAGAAAACAAAAUACCUAACUGAAUGAGUAGGGACAUUUCUAAUAAAGUGUGCAUAACCUUGUAACAUCUCACAGUAAAUAUUGUCUGCUCAGAUUAUGCAGUGUAAAUCUCAACCUACAUUUUUAGUAAACAGUUUGACUCUUUGUAUUGAUAUUGCAGUUCAAAUAUAUUUGACUAUCAUCAAGACUCUUCCUACAAAUUUAAUUUUCUACUUGCUAUUAAUUCUAUCAGGGUUAUUCACUAAAGUAAGAAUUCAAAGUGAAUUUUAAAUUAAAGGUAAAAAUAGACAAAUUGGACACUUUCUUGAAGUCCGCUAUCCUUCCAGUUUGGCUACUUGGUCUCAAAUUUGAAAUUCACUUAAAAUUCUCUUUGAUUUCUCACUUUAGUUAAUAACCCUGUAAAUGUCAGACACAAUUUACUAAUGAAUAAUCAAUAACUAAAAGUAUUAUUAGUAUUAGUAGUAGAGUUCCUAAAUGCCAACUUUGAUAAGCUUUUGGGCUCUGGGGCUUUUAAAUCAUCUUGUUUGCACACUUACAGAAAACAUUUGUGAUCGAAUCAGAAGAAGAUGAAGCACUAGUGCAGAAACUUAAAGAGGAUCUGCAGGAAGCAAACCGUGUAUAUCGCAAGUACAAUGAAGUAAGAGAAAAAUAUGCUUCAACUAAUUGUGGGAAUAAAGGGAUGGGAAAGGGCUCUUUAAUACAAGCAUGUCGGUGCAAUUUUUUAAUUUAUUUUUUUAAAUUCAUUUUUUUUAAUUUAACAUUUUCUUUUUUGUUAAAGGAACAUAUACUCAUAGUUAAAAGAAACAGCAAGUAUACAGGAUCUAAGGAAGAAAAAUUGCCAGGUAAAUUUUUUUUUUUUUUAUAACUAACCGUUUCAUUAGAUAGCCCCUCCUACCAUUUAUAAUUGAUUGAAAACAGCUAGUAAUAUUUGAUUCUCAUCAUAUUAAUCUAAUCUCAUAUAUAUAUAUAUAUAUAUCUCUAUCUAUAUCUCCUGAAACUGGAAUACAGAUGAAAUGUUUAGUGAAAUAAAGCCUAGUUUUUAUUUGUGUUUCAGUCCUGCCUCUCCAUUCUGUAUUCUCCUUUCCUUUCCUUAUCUUAGAGUGAUAGAUGUUUAUCUUCUUCUCAUCUGUGUGUUUACUGCAGAGUUUAAAUAUCCCUCUCCUUCGCCAUUUGGCAGAAAGUCCUCAUUGAUUUUAUUUUUUUCCUCAUCAAAAUGUGUUUGAGUUUUGGCACUGGUGUUUGGAGUGUGCUUUUAAUGUAAACUAACCCGGGUCCAAAUUACAAAUGCAAAGUUUAUAUGUUGAAAAUAGUGUCACUAAAAUGUGGGACCUCAAAAACUGUUUUUAGUUUAGUUUUUGGAAGUAUGCACUUUAAUUCCAUUUUAUCCGAAGAACUAACACAAAUUUUCAAGAGGGUAUCAGUGCUAUCCACAAUUAAUGUGCUUGUGUAUUAUAUGUAUUUUUAUUUUAGGUAAAAGGAAAUCCAUAUGGGAUGAAGAGCCUAGUAAAACUCCAUGUGAUAAGUUUACUGAAAGCAAAGACAAAAAAACAGGAACAUUUAGUUUUCCUAAAGGUACCUUACACUUUUGUUUUUGUAAAUGGCAAAGUGGUAUUAUAUUGGAAGGAAUUAUAUUAUUAUAAAAUGCUGUAACUUACCAUUUCCCUCCCAUUUUUGAUUUAUGUAUCCUCUCCCAUUUUACAGGUUUUAUGUUUUACUGCUGUAUAAAAAUCAAUAAAAGGUUUGUUACAAAAAGAAAGAAAAGGUGUAAAGAUUUUCACAUUUUAAAGAUUCUUAAACUGCUGCAGUUUACAAUCAAGCCUUUAAUUCUGGUUUGUGUCCAGCGAAUGUAUAUGUGAUAUACAUAUGUAGUUUAUUUGCAGCCACAGUUCCACUGAUCAAAUGGAUGAGUAACUACUAUCAGUUCCAAUAGGACUUAAGAACUAGAGUGGCACAAACUGCUUUAGACUCUGUACUAAACUCUCUGCAAUAUAACUACGCUGACUAAAAGGAACACUCCAUUGACCUAGGAAGAUAGAAUGUGACGACAGAUAAGGACCAUUUGGCCCAUCUACUGUGCCCAAUUUUCUAAACACUUGCAUUAGUCCCUGGCCUUAUCUUAUAGCUGGGAUAGCUUUAUGCCUAUUCCAAGAAUGCUGAAACUCCCUCACUGUGUUAACCUCUACAACUUCAACUGGAAGGCUAUUCCAUGCAUCCACUACCCUCUCAGUAAAGUAAUACUUCCUGAUAUUAUUUUUAAACCAUUGCCCCUCUAAUUUAAGACUGUCCUCUUAUUGUUGACCUUGUUUUAACAAUUUAGCAGCUAUACUCCUAGAGAAACAGGAAGUAUAUUUUUCCUGUAUGUUUUCUUUGGGGCUGUCUGCAGCCUAUUUAAGCCCUUCCAUUUAUCCUACGCGCACAUUUUCAGUCUGUGUUGGGUAAUUCUCUAAUCAGAAGCUUUUUAAAUUAAUACUAAUAUGCUGGAGUCUUGAGCUUGCACACAUGGUUUAACUUUUCUUCUCCAUGACCUGUAAUACAAUAUAGUGCAAAUAAAAUGAAAGAAUUAUGGAAGACAAUGUUUUUGUACGAUAUAGUGGUUUGUGAAGUAUGGCAUGUUUUUUUGCACUUUACAAGUUGCUUGUUUGUAUUUAUUUUAUGAACUUUGUAUGCUUUGAUAUAGGACAUUUAUCUGUGCCUCUUUUUGUGGUUUGGGGUAUCUGCUUUUAUUAUCUUUAUUUAUCAUGUAAUCACUGCUAUAGAAAUGUGAAUGUGUUUUUUGUGCAUAGAUAAACUCCCUUAUUAACGCAAUAGCAGCAGAUAGACCAAGCGUUAAAGGAGCACUAUAGUGCUAGGAAAACAAACUUGUUUUCCGGGCACUAUAGGGUUAUUAGGGACCCCCCUUCCCGCUGGGCUGAAGGGGUUCAAACCCCUGCACAUUCAAACCGUCCAUUGGAAAGCAUUACUCAAUGCUUUCCUAUGGACGUCCAGCAUGUCCUCAAUGCGAUUUUUUUGCAUUGAGGAUUGCGGAAGCGGCCUCUAGUGGCUGUCAGGGAGAAAGCCAUUAGAGGCUGGAUUAACCCUCAAUAUAAACAUAGCAGUUUCUGUGUACAGCUGCAGGGUUAAAACUAGGGGGACCUGGCACCCAGGCCACUUCAUUGAGCUGAAGUGGUCUGGAUGCCUAUAGUGGUCGUUUAAGCAUCAGAAAAGGAUAAAAAAUAAUUUUUCAUUGAACUGCAGAGACUAUACCCAGAGAAUAAACUGUAGUGAUUAUGGUGCUAAGAAUGCAUAUGAUUAUAGCCAGAAAAGUAUUUAACUGCCUUAACACGACUUUUUGGGGCAUGCAAUAAUACAUUGUGGGAAAAAAUUGCCAUUUUAGAAAGGUAUUCUUCAUAAUUAUUUUAUUUGUUUUGACAUGUAAGGUUUGUGGGGUGAAGAGAAUAAAUUAAGUGAUAAAGAGCAUUCUAUGCCAUCCACAUCAACUUCUGUUGUCACUGAUGUAACGCCUGCCUGCGAUGAUUUAGCUGAAGUGCCUGGAAAGGAGGCUCAGACUACUGAAAAAAAGAAGCCAUCAAAUGCAAAUCCUCUGAAACGGUCCUGGGUUACACGAAGGAAAUGUACAGGUAGGACUGAAACAAUCAAACACAGCAUGAGGAUUAGUUGAUUAAAAAUAGUGGUGAUUUAAUAUGUCAUUACAUUUAAUAAUCGACACAUGCAGUAGGAGAAAUACUUAUUUGUAAGGAAAGCCUCUUCUUUGUUAUUAACCACUGAUGUUGUUAUAACAUUACUCGCCGUCAUGGCAAUACAAAAUUGUAAAGUUCAUCUUUAUGGCAUAGUAUGUAAAGCAGUUUUCAUUUUAGAUGGGCUAGAUCCCCACUUACACGAAAAGACUCAGGUAACAAUCCAUAGGGGUUUGCCUCUGUCAGCUUAAAAUUUAGAAUCUCCAUGUGCCAAGUGCUCAAAGUAAUUACUGUCACAUCAAAACUGAGUGGCCAGACUUUUACAAUUGGCUAUACCAAAUGGAAUAUCAUUGAUAAGAGGUCCACAGGGUCUGAAAAGAUCCCACUCACCUAGUAUCCCCACUCAUUGAGAUCAGACAUACAGAAGGCAUUAAUAUCUCUGUGAGUAUCUGCCCAACUGAACAGUAGAAAAACAAAUUUCUCUGAUGCUCAUAUUUGUAAGUGUGUAGCUCUGUUUAUACAGCACAGUCUGGUAAUCCCAUACGGAUAAGAGAUCCAUGGAGUAUGAAAAAAGUUUGCUUUAAACACCAUAUUUUUUUUAUUUUUUUUUAAAGUAAUAGGAUAGAAUAAUUCUUCCUUUAAGAGAAAACUGCCACCAAAUAUCAUCCAUCUUAUUUCCAUGCCAUAUAGGUAAUACAUUAAAAAUAAUACCAAAAAAAAAAGAUACAUACAUUGUAAGAUUUUCUCCUCUUUUUUUCUUUCUCAUCUCAUCUUUACCUUUCAGUUGUUUGUUUGUUUGUUUUUUGUUUUUUAUUUAUUUAUUUAGAACUUUAAAGGAACACUAUAGCGUCAGGAAAACAGACAUGUUUCUGACCAUAUAGUGUUAAGAGCACCAUCUUGCCUCUCUAAAUAUAGCAACAUGUUACUUUUGUUUCUGUCUGCUGCUGCUGGCUCAGCCCCUGAUCUAAAGGAGAAUACAAGUGGGGCGCUUCCAAAAUGUCAGUAUAUGGAAGGGUGAAAUAGGUGUUUCCCCAACACCUUAUUAAAGACAAUAACAACAUCACCAGCAACAAAGUGUAUAAAGACACAGAGUAGAAGUGCACACUUCCAAAAGAAUGCAGAUAUAUAAUAAAUAAGUUAAUACUUAUAUGUAUGUAUAAAUGGCAAGAAGGUUUUCACAAUGCCUACAAAACAGUAACAUAAAACAGUGUGUACUGUAUAAACAUAAGUGAGUAUAAGAUGAUAAAUGGUUAAACUCACGAAUUCUAGAGCAGUGCCAGGCACUGUAUAAUAAGCCCAAGGGUGCCUAUACAGGCUAGUUAUGAAUAUCCAUGGACAACUGGUGACAGAUGGAUCACGGAAAUACUGAUGGAGUAGCAGUAAAGGAUGAAAGUAUCAAAACUUGAAUUGAAUAAAACAUAAUAAAACCUUCUUGAUAAAAAUGACGCGUUUCGACAAUAAGUCUUUUUCAAUGUCUCUGAUGGUUUCCCGGUAUCCUGCUGCUUAAAUAUCUUCUGCGUUACAGUGAUUUUCUUCACCUGUAGACUUUCCGGUCGGGUAUGUGACAUCACUUCCAGUCCGCGAAGUAAACAUGUCACUUUCGGUCAGCAAGAUAAGACGUCAUAUCCUCUAAUGUGAUGGACAUCUUCCACUCAUGCAAUGUGGCAGCCAUUUUUAUUGAGGGCAAUAUGCCCUGAUAGUCUUUUUAUUACUAUUCAGAUACUAUUCAGAUAAAGAAUGUGUUAUAUCACAAAAUACAUUUAUAUAUACAAAAAUAUGCCAUAUAAUUAAAAACAGAAAUGUGAUCAUAUAUACUCUGUAAAAAACAGAACUGUUAAAAAUAAGAUAGGGAUAAAAACAAGUGGAAAUAAUACAUGUAUAUAAUUGCACAUAAGGAUGAUAUUGAUGCAAUAUAAAUGUAAUUUAAAGGUGUAUAGUUCUUACUCAACUGAUGACAAUUUAGUCAACAUUAACAUCAUAAUGACAAGAUUAAACUAAUAAAAAAUAGCAAAUACAUAAUAUUGUAUAUAGAUGUUUUAAUGUCAUCUACACAAAAAACAGUUAUGACAAAUCUGAACAAAACUUCUUACCAACAAGGAGAAGAAUGAACGCAAAGAAAAACAAAAAAGCUGCAAUGUAUAUGUAAAGAAUAAAAAAAAUGAGAACACGCCCGACCAGAACAUCUACAGGUGAAGAAAAUCACUAUAAUGCAGAAGAUACUUAAGCAGCAGGAUACCGGGAAACCAUCAGAGACAUUGAAAAAGACUUAUCGUCGAAACGCGUCUGUUUCUGUAUCAUUUUUAUCAAGAAGGUUUUUAUUUACUAUUAUGUUUUAUUCGAUAAAUUUUUUAUACUUUCAUCCUUUGCUGCUACUCCAUCCAUCAGUAUUUCCAUGAUCCAUCUGUCACUAGUGGUCCAUGGAUAUUCAUCACUAGCCUGUAUAGGCACCCUUGGGCUUAUUUUACAGAGCCUGGCAUGGCUCUAGAAUUCGUGAGUUUAUCCAUUUAUCAUCUUAUACUCACUUGUGUUUGUACAGUACACACUAUGUUUUAUGCUACUGUUUUGUAGGCAUUGUGAAGACCUUCUUGCCAUUUAUACAUAAUAUAAGUAUUAACUUAUUUAUUAUAUAUCUGCAUUCUUUUCGAAAGUGUGCACUUCGACUCUGUGUCUUUAUACACUUUGUUGUUGGUGUUGUUUUUGUCAACCCCUGAUCUGCCUGCUUGGCUGGCAUCAUCAGAAGUGGUGUUCUGAGCCAAUCACAACGCUUUUCCAUAGAAUUGGCUGAGCUUGUCAAGGAGGCAGAUCAGGGGCUGAGCCAGCACUAGCCAGCCCUGGCCAAUCAGCAUCGCCUCAUAGCAAUACACUAAAUCAAUGCAUUAGGAAAUGUCUGUGUUUCCAUGCAGAGGGUGGAGACACUGAAUGGAAAUGCGGCAUACUGUGCACCUCUAGAAGCCCCUUUAGUAGCCAUAUGAGAGGGGCCAGUGGAGGUAUCACUAGGCUGUAAUGUAAGCAUUGCAUUUUCUCUGAAAAGACCGGGUUUACUGCAAAAAACCUGAAGGGAAUGAUUCUACUCACCAGCAGGGACGUUUUAGCUACGAGGCAAACUAGGCAUUUGCCUUAGGCGGCAUUUUCCGGGGGCAGCAAAAAAAGCCGCUCCCAAAUGCCCAGGGCAAAUGUCUUGUUAGCCUUGCGCUGGCGAGGGAGCACUUUCCUCUGAGGGCUCUGCUCAGCUCCCUCGAGCUCCGCAGAGUGAUGCCGGGAGCCGAAAUAUGAUGUCAUAUUCCGGCUCCAGGCAUCACUCUGCAGCAUGCGAGGGAGCUGAGCAGAGAGCUCAGUGGAAAGUGCUCCCUCGCCAGCACCAACCGACCGACCAGCAGCCCCACUAGAUCCCAGGGAGAGGGAGAACCCUCCCCCAGCAUUCCCAAAGAUAGGAAAAUUAAAAAUAAACAUAAUAUGAACAGAGAAUACAAGAUUCAUCUACACAUUUUAGCAGGCAGCCGACCCAGAAGCCAUGAAAGUCCUACAUUCUAAAAUAACUAUAAGUAAGAGUACAGAUUUGCACACAAGCGAAACCUAAAAGAUCCCAAAUAUACUUUCAGUUCAAACAAACAAGGAAAUAUCCUCUGCAUAUGAGAGGACACAAAAGUAAAAAAAAAAAAUAAACUAGCAAAGCAGAUCUAAGGGGGGAAAAAAACUAAAAGUAAAAUCCUUUACACAAGGAAGGAAGUAAGCAAAGGGUUUAACAAAAAAAAGUGGGGGAUAAGUAAGAAGGGGGGAAAAGUAGAGAGAGGGGGCAAAGGAGAAGUUUGGACCAAGGAGAGAAAAAGUCUUGAGUACAGGAGACAACUUCUCAGCUAACUGAGACUCAAGGUCCUUGGAUUUAGUGAAUACAAAUCUGUGUCCAAAUCACAGUUUAUCUUUCUUAACAUCCAGAAGACAUGGCCAGCAUCAAUCAUGCGCAGCUCCUCAACUUUUCUAUUCCAAUCACUAAACGUUUGCGCUGAAAGAAUCAAAUGGCAGGCUAUAGUGUCUAAAGCUUCCUGCAGGAGCAGAGAACAUUCAACAAAAUUAAAACAGAGACCCUCAUCAUAAACCUCUCAAAAUGUGUCAUGUACUAUCUUCAAAAAGCCUGUCAAACAGGCUCUAGGUCCCCAUCAGGUUGGGUUGGCUGUAGAGCGCAAUGCAAGGCAGGGUUCUGUACCAGAAAGUCAGUAGCAUGCAUAAUGUUUCCUAGAAAGUAUUUAUGAUUCAGAGAAACUGAGUGGUUUACCUGUACAUCUUAUCUUUUAAAGAUGAAAAUCGAUUUAUUACAUUGAAAUGUUAAUAAUGCUGCUGUCAAACUGAUUGCCAAAUAGGAUGCUUACACUGAUCAGCCACAACAAUAAAACCACUGAAUAACGUUACAAUGUCACCUGUUAAGGGGUGGAGAUUUAUUAGGCAGCAAUUGAACAGUCAACCAAAAGUGUAGGAAGUAGAGAAACUGAGUUUUUAAAACAAAAUUUAAUAGACUAAAUCACCCCUAUGCCGAGAAUGUUCCGGAUGCGGGUUGGUUAGUGGGAGUGGUACCAAUUCCACCCAGAGCUUAACCCUUAUUAUUGAGAUAUAGAUCAACGGAAACCUCACACAAGAAUCCCUGGUUUGGUAUUUGAUAAAAGUAAGUAACUGAUUGAAAUGUUUUCAACAGUAAACAAUGGUUGAGAAGAUUGCAACAAUUAAGCAAAAGAUAACCAUUUAACCGUCUAUUCAAUGAUAGAACAGGCUUUAUUUACCAUUGCCAAAAAUAGACAUCAAACUGACAGUUGUAUCUAUAUGCUAAUUGGAUAUAGUGAUCAUAAAAGUCAAGACCGUAGGUGAUAUACUGUGUGUCUAUAAAUUCCCUACCUGAAUUUUUACUUACCGUAAAUAAUUAUUUUCCUUAAUAUAGUGGUAGUAUAGAAAAAAGAGGGAUGUACUUUCUCACUUUGGACAAAAUAUUCUGAAAAUUAAACGUAAUCAAAGUUAAACCCCUCCUACUCAACCUAUAUAAAAUCAUGUCUCCCUCCUAACACCUCAGUAAUAGCAAGAAAACCCAGAUAUCAAAUCUAUGCAAAAUAUUCCUUUCAGCCCAGGAAGUCGCUAUCAUCCUCCUGGAGUGUGCCUUAACAGGAAAAGUUAACUUAAGACCACUGACUUCAUACGUAAACUUAAUAGUAUCUGUAAGUCAUCUGGCAAUGGUAGGUUUAGAGCAGUGAUGGCGAACCUUUUUGAGCCCGAGUGCCCAAACCGCAAUACAUGCCAACUUUUUUCUCAUCAAAGUGCCAACACAGCAAUUAAACCCGAAUACUGAGGUUUAAGUUUAGAAAAAACUCAGUUGUCCGAACUAAUUCUCCUCUUCUUUCCCCCCAGCAUCUUCCCUUAUCUACCUACAGCAUAUCCCCCUCUUCCCCAGCAUCUCCUCUUCUCUCCUUCUCCCCCCAGCACCUCCUUCUCCUCUCCCCAGAUUCUCCUCUCCCCUUUCCCCUUUCCCCUCCAGAAUCUCCUCCUCUCCCCUUUCCCCCAGAUUCUCCUCUUCCUCACCCUAUCUCCCCCCAGCAUCUCCUCUUCCUCUUCUCUCCCCGCAGCAUCUCCUCUUCUCUCUCUUAGGCAUCUUCCCCUCACUACCCCAGCAUAUCCCCCUCUCCCUACCAGCACACAAAUAAUGUGUUUGAUUUUUUUUGGUGCGGGUGGGAGUUUGAAGUCCUCCCAGGCUCCCUACCUCCUUCCCGCUGCUGUAAGGGGCUGUGGGCGCGAGGGAGCACUGACUUACGUGCUGUUCCAGCACUGCUCCCUCUGCUGAUGCUGCCGGCAAAACAGGAAUUUACGUAAAUCAGGUGGUGGCGCCUGAUUGACGCCAUUUCAUGUCUCCCGGCGGCAUCAAUGGAGGGAGCAGUGCUGUAACAGCAUGUAAGUCAGUGCUCCCUCGCAGCCCUCCAUCCCACCCACCCACCUGUGCCACCUUAACAUUAUUAUGGGCCCCUGGGCAAAGUAGUGUACUGGGGCCCUGUCUACACACAACUCACAGGAAUAAAAAUAAAAAGUCUUAUAUUUAUUAGUAUCUCCAACAAAUGCAAUACAUACACCCAGACUGCUGAAUACAUACACACCGACACACACACAGUCCGCUGAAUACAUGCACACAGUCUGCUGCAUACACACACUCUCAAACAUACACACAGACUGCUCAAUACAUAAAGACUGCUGAAUACACACUCACACACACAGACUGCUGAGUAGACAGACAGACUGCGGAGUACACACAAACUGCUGAGUACAUACACACAAACACACAUACAUGCUGCAUUGAGGGGGGCUGUGUAUGAGGGGUGCUGUAUGUGUGCGAGAGGGGGUGCUGUGGGUGUGAGUGAGGGGUGUUGUGGGUGGGGGGUGUUGUGUAUGUGUGGGGGUUGCUGGGUGCUCUAUGUGAGAAGGUUGCUGUUGUGUGGGGGGAGUGCUGGGUGCUCUGUGUGAGAAGGGUGCUGGGUGUGGGGGGGGGGUUGCUGGGUGCUAUGUAUGAGAGCUGUGUGUGAAAGGGGUGCUGUGUGGGGGAGGGCUGCAAAUAUAGUAUUACAAUCUGAAUCCCCCCUCCCUUCUGCUUACCUUAUGUGAAGGGGGUACGACACACAUAAAUCCCUAGUGGUCCGGUGGUGGUAAGAGGGACAGGUCCUGCAGCUCUUCCGUCCUCCCGUGCGAUGCUGUGUGAAGCGUUGCCAUGGUAAUAUCUAUCUUCCUUUAUUCAUGCUUGUACAAUUUUCAUUCCCAAGCUUCGUAGAGUUGCAACCCUCUUUUCUUCCUAUCCCCAAUCUUUGUUUAAUCUCAACAUCAAAUUUCUUAAAAAUAAAAAUAUCCUGGCCCUUAGACUAUAGUCUCUUUUGCCACAUAUUGUGUCUACUAAUUAAUUGGGUUUUGUUGAAAACAGACCGAAAAUAGGAAUUUGAUGCGACUUGACAGUAGUGGCUGAGGUUGCCUCUAAUAUGUCCCACUAUUCCACCCUACCCUUCUAUUCCAAGAUGCUAACAAGACAUGCAACUGCGUCCCAUACAAUUAGGACCCUUAAACUAUGAUAUUUUGGAUGCAGAAAUCCAUCCUUCUGGGAUUCUCUUCAGUUCAAAGUUAAAUAGGGCCCUGGAAUGAGGCACAUAUGACAGGGAGGGGUGAAAAACCAUAUAUAAUAUUAUGUUAUUGGUAAUUUAAAGUAUGUUAUAACUGGAGUUUAACGUACAUGGCAGGGUAAAUUUUAUGACCAUAAUAUAUGAGUAAAAUAAAGUUUUUGUUAAAGGUUUUCUCUUGAUUGAUUUGUAACGUGUUAUAUGUAGUCACAUGGAUGACUCAACAUGUGCAUCAGGUAAAUACAUAUAUAUUGUGCUUUAGUGUGUUUUAUGAUUUUAUCCCCUUUUGGGUGUAAUUUGUUUCCUUUCAAAUUGCAUUUCAGGUUAUGGAAGUGGAUUAUGGACUUCAAUUACAAAUAACUCAGAUCAAAAAGCAUCAUGGGGUUCAAAAAUCCCAACACCAAGCUCCCCUUCAAUAUUUGACAGUUUGAAUGCCAGUCCUGAAAAGCACGAAAAAGACAUUGAGAUAGCAAAAAAACGGAGAGCCUCUGCUGAUAUUCUUUCCACUUUCACUUUAUUUUCUCAAAGUGGAAAUGAACAAAGUUCUUGUUUGUCAAAUCCCUUACUCCUUAAAGAACAGAGCAGUGAUCAAGUCAAGACUAUGGAUCAUGACUUGCAAGAGCUUCCUUCCUCAAGUUCAUCUGAUCUUAAUAUGAACAGUAGCAAGACUCCUGUUAUAGACGACAUUCCACAAAUAAUACAAAAAUCUAGUCCUGGCCACCAAGAUGAUUGCUUGGAAACUUAUCCUGAAGAACUUGACUUGGAUUCAGAUUUAAAAUACAAUCCAUUUAAUUUGGAUCUUGAAAGUAAUCCUGAUGAUCACAUUAUACUUGAUGAAUAUACAGAUGAAAGUGCUGAGGUUGAUGUUGGAAAUGUACAAGAAAAAUCCAUGUUGGAUUUAGAUCUUAACAGCAGUUUACCCGAGGAGUCUGAUUUGAAAGACACCCCAGGUGAGAAAUGUGAUGGCAAUGACCAUGCUCAGCCUCCACAUAAUGUGGACUCUCCUUCACAUGACAUGGAGCUGUCAAAUAUCCUGCAUCUUAAACAUGGCAAAAAAAUUACCCCAGAGCUUCUCCAGCAUUUUAAAGGAAAAGAUGUUGAUGUGGUAGUCAGCAUCCUGAAGGCUCUCUCACCUUACUACACAGAAUUUCAGAGUAAGUAUCUUUUAAUUGCAAUUACUUAAACUCUUUCCUUUUUUUAGUUUCUUCUUUCUACAUGUUUUUGAAAGUGUUUCAUCUGCUCUCUCUCUUAAUUUUACAUGGUCUCUAAUAAUGUUCUCUUUAACCUGUUUUAGAGUGUGAUCUUCAGGAACUUGCUAAAGUGCUAAGUGAAACUGGAACGUUGGGAUGA